CUGCGCUCGGUCGCUGGUUGACCCUUCGAGUUGUCAAUCACGGAGCGCUUACACGGAAGCGUGCUGCCGGUGCUGUAAUCUGCCUAGCAACCGCGAAGCCGGCUUUAAAGCGGUAAUCUCGGCUUUGCCGCAGGCUGCUUCCCGCUCUCCGUGAAGUUCGUCCACAACCGUCACGGGCACUCCGGGCGUCGGCUUGUCCGAGGCCUACCACGGACACACCAUGGAGUCCUUACGGUUGGGCUCGGGGGAGGAGCCGAUCUCUCCCGGGGAGGUGAGCACGCAGGGCCCGGGCUCUGUCUGUGUGUCUGUCUGUCGGUGUGUGUGUCACGGUGUGUGUGUACCCGCAUGGGGCUGAGCACGUGUGUCUGUGUAUACCGGAGGCUUUACGAUUCCCUGUUUCCGAGAGUAUAUUUCUGGCUGCCCUCUAGCAUCAUGGGAAAUGUAGUCCACAACCACUGGAGAGCCCCAGGCCGGCUGUCCCUGCCAUUGUGUGUGUAUUGUGUGAUGGUACAUGUGACUGUCCUGGUGUGCAUUGUGCUGUGUACACGAUGCUGACCAUCUACUCCAUUAUUGUUAGCUGUGACCCCCCUCCUCCUCCUCCUCCCUAGGACAUAGGGCUAUAAUGGAGGUGGGGGAGCAGGGGAAUUACCCAGCCAGCUCUCUGGUGCUGUUUGGAUUGGAAAAUGAAACUCUCCAUCGUGACUUCCUUUACAUGAAACAGCCAGCUAACUUCAUAGGGCAAAACUUAUCCCUGGUUUCUAACUUUUUUUUUUUAUUUAUUUAAUUAAUUGUUACUGCUAAUUAGCUGUGGGACAGAUAAUACCCACCAUGUCAUGUUUUAACUACUUGAGGACAAAGGGAUUGCUAUUGAAAGGCCUGACGUUAUUUUUGGACUCAGGAAGUCCAUAUUUUCCUCUUUUAAAGCACUAAGAUAUCCCUACAGCAUUGCACCUGCGUGAUACGUAAACAAAUUGUAAAACUUAAAUCUAAUGGCCACAGGUGUAUUCACAACACUAUACCCAAUGUUUUAAUACAGUAAAUGGAAUUUAAAUGUUUCAUAUUUUGCAAUCAUUUGCUAUGGCUUUAGAGUGAAUAGUUUUAUUAUUUCAGUGUUUAGUCAUAUCUUGGUGUACAGGAAGUAUACAUAGCAUAGUUUAAGUUGUGUGUGUGUGUGGGGGGGGGGGAUGGUAUUAUUUGAAAUACAUUAUUUUUGUUCUAUACGUUGUAGUUUGGAUAUCAAUUUACUUGCUUUUGGGUUCUAAUGAAUAAACCCCUUAAUAUGACGCAAUACUAUAAUGUGACAAUUUUAAUUCAUAGUGGCUUGGUUUUUUCCGAAGAACCUAGGAUUUAGUAAUCUUAUGGUGCUCGUUUUUCCAUGGAGCUUGGUUCAUGUCGGUGACCUAAAUUGUGAAUCUAUUGCUAAUUGUAAAUAUCUAAUAUAUGAUCUAAAAAAUUCAGCUUGAGAAUUACAUGAAUUCUUUGCUGCCUUUUAUUUAAUGCAGACAUAUUAUCUAUUAAUACCAACCCUUCACAGACCAGAUAGAAAACAUUCCUAUCUGUCCCUACAGUAUAGUGUUCGUCCAUCCAUCACUAUAUGCUAUGUCUUUUGGAUACACUAGAGUGAAUCGAGUUUUGGAUCUCUAGAACAGCAUCAUGAUCAGUCCAAUUGUUAUUUACUUCAUCUUAAACCUUAAUAACUCACAAUCUAAUAAUAAACUUGUUUUAGAGUCUGUGAGCUGAGCAGGCCAUACAGCAAUCACUGACCCAUUCUGGGUGUGGAGUUGGUUUAAAGUUGAAAUGAUCUGUGUCUCAACAGUGUCACACCCUUUAUGUGGGUUUAAAUCUAACACAGCAGCCCCUGAUGUAAUUGUGUAGCUCUUAUUGUGUGUCCCCAACUCUGUGCUUUGGCCUUAUGUCUAGAAUCUAGUAAAGCAUUGCUCAAAAUGGACAUCUAUAAACCACUGUAUGCUAAUCAGCACUAUCCUACUGGUUAAAAUGCACAAAUCUUAAACAUCAGAUUUGCACUUGUUUUGUCAUAUGUGCCAUUACUGCCAACCUUUACAUCAAUGUUGCAUCUUUUAACUUGUCAGGUUAACAAUUGUUUUCCUUUUACCAUUAGAGGGAUAGAGGUAGCACAGAGUUUUAAAGAGAUACAUUGGAUUUCUUUUCAGGUCAGCUGUUUUAGCCUUAACUUUGGCACCUUACACCUUGAUUCAUAACCACUUCAUCUCUUUGAAAGGGAUAUGCUGGCUGAUGUUUAACGUUGAAGUACUGUCUCCAGCCGCCCAUGGUGCAAUUUCACCAUGUCCGCCCUGGCAACACUUCUUUAUUAACCAGAGUAGUCAUUGGAGGUCGUGAAAGGCUGUGUAUGUCACAUGAGCUCUCUGAGCCUUCCACUGCUAACCAAUGCUUAUAAGGCCAUUCCAGUCUUUUCAAGCAAUGGGCAACAGUGAUAGGCUGAGAAAGGUCUUGCAACAUUCUCAACCAAUCACUAACCUCCCGUCUCCGCUCUGGCUAUCAAAAAAGACUUGGCUAGAGCAGAAGUGAUGAGGGGGUGCAACGGGAGGCUGGGGACCCUAGCUCACUAUUAAACUGUGAGUAAAUAGUUUCAUAGAGCAGAGAAAUGUCGGGGGACUCAAUUCAUCAUAACGAUUUAUUAGAUAUAAAGUGAUCAUACUGCCCAAAGUGUUCCUUAAAACGUGGCAUAUGGAUUUUAAUUCAGAUCAGUUUAGUGAAUAACCCGGACCGUAGGCCAAGAAAAAAAUCCAUUUUCUGAUCUAUCCGGGUUAUUCAAAAAAGUGAGAAUUAAAAGUGAAUUUCAAUUUAAGGUCAAAAUAGCCAAAUCGGAAACAUUCUUUAGGUCAGCUUUACCUUCAGUUUGGCAACUUCAGCCUUACAUUUUAAAUUCACUUUGAAUUAUCACUAUAGCCUGUAUGUAUGGAAGUUCUAGGAGGGGUGUAUAACAUCUUCUCGAGGUUAAAGGACCACUAUAGUGCCAGGAAAACAUACUCGUUUUCCUGGCACUAUAGUGCCCUGAGGGUGCCCCCACCCUCAGGGUCCCCCUCCCGCCCGGCUCUGGAAGGGGAAAGGGGUAAAAACUUACCUUUUUCCAGCGCUGGGCGGAGAGCUCUCCUCCUCCUCUCCGCCUCCGUUACGCCCGCGGCUGAAUGCGCGGCGGAAAGAGCUGGCGCAUUCAGCCGGUCUCAUAGGAAAGCAUUUACAAUGCUUUCCUAUGGACGCUGGCGUGCUCUCACUGUGAUUUUCACAGUGAGAAGCACGCAAGCGCCUCUAGUGGCUGUCAAUGAGACAGCCACUAGAGGAUUAGGGGGAAGGCUUAACCCAUUCAUAAUUAUAGCAGUUUCUCUGAAACUGCUAUAAUUAUGAAAAAAUGGGUUAACCCUAGAAGGACCUGGCACCCAGACCACUUCAUUAAGCUGAAGUGGUCUGGGUGCCUAGAGUGGUCCUUUAAUUUGAACACAUUACCAUUAUUCUAAAGUAGCUGGAGGUAAAUCAUUUUAGUAGAGACGUAAACAAGCAUCUCAGUCUUAUAUUUGUAGAGUGUGAAAAUUAGUUGCAUGAACUAUUUAGGCAGUGAGGCUGUAACAAUUGACCACUUAAAAGGUAGGAAUACGUUAUCAAGACUUUUUACUAAAGUGUGAAUUGUCAGGAAUUUAAAGUGAGUUUAAAAUUUUAGGCGGAGAUAGACAAAUUGGGAAAGUUCUCUCGGUUAUUUACUAAAGUGAGAAUUUCUAAGAGAAUUUCAAAUAGGGUUAGCCGAUAUUCAGCAUAUUUGCCAUAAUCGGUCUUGUAAUUUACUGAUAUUUCCGAUAACUUACUCACCUCUCCUAGUCACUUUACAUGGUCUUGCGUAUCCAGAAACUCCAGCCAAUGAGGCGCCACAUCUCGACCUCACAUCACUCCUCUACAUGUGGAGCUCUGGAGAUGGGGGAAUAAUCUACUGCAAUGACCUGGCUGACUGAGAGUGAUAGGAGUGUGAUUACUGUUAACCUGUUUAGAUAAUGCUAGAUUUGUGUCGACAUUUUGUUGUUUUUUUUUUUUUAAAUUUGAAUGUACAGAAUAUUGCCACUGUUUGUCAGCCUUUAGUUUAAAGGUGACCAAUAAUCUGUAUCGGCUCUGUAAAAAAUGUGUAUAUAGGACAAUCUCUACUGUCAAAUUUAAGGCCAGAGUAGCCGAGCUGAAAACAUAGCUAAGAAAACUUUUCAUGUUCAGCUAUUUUGACCUUAAAUUUUAAAUUCACUUUAAAUUCUGUCUUUAGUAAAUAACACUGUAUAACUUAACCAUGUUGUCCGACUGUUUUUGCCUUCAAAUUUGAAAUUAAAUUUGCAUUCCAAACAAUUCACGGUUAAGCGAAUAAUCCUAUUAAAGUGUAGUAUGUUGGUGUGUCCCCCCUAAAACCUCAUUUAAUGAUUGACAAGGAUGUUUAAGAAUUUAAGCACUAAAGGUACUGAAACUGGUUUUGUCAUCUUCUGGCAGUGAAAGGGUUAAAGGUUGUUUGGCUCUGCCGGAUAUUCACAAAAUGGCCGAAGCCAGUGACGUCUGUCAGAAGGGUUAAUGUGCUUAUAGUGCAGCUAGGUGGCUUCUGCACAAAUAGUCACAGAGGAUGUUCCCUGCCAGCUGACUCUGCAAGGCAGAGUGGGAGACGUACUUCCUGCAAGACCCAGCCCUAAACAGCCUCUUACUUUAUUAUGUCCCACCUACCUAUGCUAACCAUUCCUCUGCCAUGAGCCACAUAUCAUUAAUGGGAAAGCUCUUCCUCCUACACUGAAUAAAUGACAUGCUAAUGGUUUAUGUGCCAUUGUAUUCUUAAAAGUACUACUUUGAUGUAAAAGGGGUUAAAGCAUUUUGUUCUGAUCAGUGAAUUUCCACUUGUAGUGUAUAUCCAACCCCCCCCCCCCCUUUGCUGAUGGUCAGUGAGAAAAUUAGAUAUAUUUUUUUUUUUCCACAACUAUGCAACGUGUAUAAUACUUUUUAGAAGAUUACCUAAAUGGUUUUUAGUUUGAAUUUUUUAAUAGUUGGAUUUGCCUUCCCUAUGAAUUGUUUUUGCCUUACAUUAAAUAUACAAAAAAAUUUAACACUCACCUUGGCAAUGCAUCGGAUGAAUUCAUGAUCAUCAGUUCAGUUGUUGGGCUAAAACUAUGGGAUCAUAGGAACUUAAGUGUUGUGAGGUCCUGGUGUCUAAUUUAGUUAUGAUGCAUUUAUAGGGUAUACCUCAAUUUCUGAAACAUAGAUGUCUAAGAUCAUUGUGUGCUGCUUACCCUCUCUACUGUGUGCUUGGUGGUGAACUUGAUCUAAAAUAGCCAAUCUUUGACUGUACAUGAGUGAGGGAAGUUAGGCCUUGAGGUUUUUGUUUUGUGUGCAAAUCUACUAUUUUAUCCUAACUUUUGCAGUAUAUAAACACAUAUAUUAAAGGCUAUGCAGAUGUAUUGAGCCCGUUGUGACUUAUUUAUUUUAAAUUUUGUAGCUGUUCAGAGGAAUGUUAUUCGUGUUCUAAAUAAAACGCUCCAGUCCCUGCAGUAGUAAUUCUUGCAGUUUUUGUAUUGAAGACUUUUAUUACUGCUGACAAUUGUAAUGCUUUGAGAAUUUUUUGUCUUAAGCAUGCUUUAACCUCCAGGUAUAGUUGGUGUGCUACAAAUAUUACUAUAGAGUUAUACAAUUACAGGGAUUUUAAUUUAUGCUUGAUUUGCCUCUGUGAUGUCAGUAUUUUGACACUUUGUAUAGUAGACAAAUUAUAAUGCCAAAUUGAUUUGAGUUGCAAUUGUGCAUGGGUUGAAAUGCAGAUAUUUCAUGAAAAAAGUCCUCUGAUUAAACAUGGCAUCAGGGGACCAGCAAAAUCCAGUUCAAAGUAUAUUGGCAGCACCCUCAAGUCACCCCAACUUGAGCAAAUUUAGUUGAAGUUAGGCCAUCAGUCAUAAAGGAGUUUUCAUGGUGAUUUUACUGCACUCUAACCCUCUCAUCAACAGUUAAAUGGACACUAUAGUCACCAGAACGCUUUUCAAUGGGAUUCCCAAGUUUGAUCUCAGCAUGGGAAGGGCAAGCUGCGACCAGACCCGCACGGUGCUUGAAAAAGUUGAGUUAAAUUAAAAUGGGAAGCCAUUUAGAUCUAUAGUGUCAGAAAUACACAUUUGUAUUCUAGACACUAUAGUGUUCCUUUAAGCGUACUUGAUCACCAUACCACGAUGAGGGAGCAGAGAUCUCUCCUGGCAUAUGAACCAAAGGUUUGCCAUGUCGGAACCGGUGCUACUAUAAGGCAGAUAAUCAUGUGGUGAUGCUCAUGGUCUGCAGCUCCAUAUUAAUUGCUCCUUUGCGGUUCCUGCACACUGUGUGGUAUUCCUAGCCUGUGUUCUAACUUCCAUACGGAGUACUAGAUUAAAGGAGCAAAUUAUAUAAUCUGCACCUCGGUGGAAAUACAUAGCAUGCUCUCCACCUUGAGACCACUAGAGUAUUAUCCUCCCAUUGGACCAAGUGCUAGAGGGUUAAAGCAAGAUUGACAUGGGCACCCAGACCACUUCAUUGAGAUGAAGUAGUUUGGUUACCAAUAGUGUCCCUUUAAACUACUGUUUCAGCACACCCACUCAAAAAGGUUUGCCAUCACUGGACUUUGAAAUACUUGGAAUUUUGUGAAUUUACAUUUGUGUAUACUAGGGAUCGACCGAUAUUGUGUUUUUUUUUUUGUUUUUGUUUUUUAGAGCCGAUACCGAUAAUCUGUGAACUUUCAGGCCGAUAACUUGCCGAUAUUCUGUAAAUUUACCAUUUUGAAAAAAUAAACUAUUUCUAAACGUAAAUGCACAAAAUAUGCAUGCCACAUGUAGUGUGUGUGUGUGUGUGUUUUGCUGAACUGAUCCUGAUGAAAGCCACGGACGAUGGCUGAAACGUUGAUUCUAACAGAAAGUAUGUUUUUUAAGAAAUAUGGAAUAAAGAAAGAACUUUUUUUAUACAAGAAAAAGACCAUGAGUGCAAGCCUUCAUUUACUAGUUUGUAUGAUAUUUGACUUUGGCUGGAAUUUACCCGGCAUUCAAAUAACUUGAAAGAGUGUGUGCAGGGAUAAAAAGGAAUAGUGUGUGUGUGUGUAUGUAUGUGUGUGUGUGUGUGUGUGUGUGUGUGUAUGUAUAUAUGUGUGUAUAUAUAUAUAUAUAUAUAUAUAUAUAUAUAUAUAUAUUAUGUGUAUAAAGUGAAUGCAGUGUGUUUGUGUUGUCUGUUUAUAUAAUAAAUGCAGAGUGUGUGUGUGUAUAAUGAAUGCAGUGUGUGUGUGUGUGUGUGUAUAAUGAAUGCAGUGUGUGUUUGUAUAGAGUGUGUGUGUGUAUAAUGAAUGCAGUGUUUGUGGUGUGUGUGUGUGUAUAAUGAGUAUAGUGUGUAUAAUGAGUAUAGUGUGUGUUUGUGAAGGGAUGUAAUUUGUGUUAAAUGGGCAGGAAGGGAGGCAUUUUUUUUAAUUUUAAUAUUUGUUUUUAUUUUUUUAGGCUAUGGCAUUCCCUGGUGGUCCAGUGGCAUGUACUGAGCAGUGGGAGGGCCCGGCAGCAAGCUGUUACUUACCUCCCAGCAGCUCCUCCAGCUCCCCUCUGUAAAUCUCGCGGUCUGCGUUCCGCGCAGAGUGUUGCCAUGGUAACCCGUGGCAAUGCUCUGCGGCCGCGGGACUCGCAAUAUUUACACAGGGAGCUGAAGGAGCUACUGGAAAGGUAAGGAACAGCUUGCUGUGCCCCCCCCCCCUGCAGGACCUCUGGGCUUGUCCUGGUAUGUAUUAUCGUAAAUAUCGGUAUCUCUAUUUGCCGAAAAUAAUGAAUAUCGGCCGAUAAUAUCAGUAAAACCGAUAAUUGGUCCAUCCCUAGUGUAUACUACAGUUUGCAACUCCCAAAAAGUUUGUAAUAGUUUACCACAUUGCUUCUUCCACAAAGGUAAUUAAAAGAAGAAAAAAAAAGUGGAUGACAACAAUAUUUGAGUUUUGAGCUCUAUGGCCGAAUCUCUUCUUUGCUUCCUGAUAAUUUAGGUUCUCUUAAAUUGGUCUAUCCAACUAGUACUAUAUACAAAUACAGGUGGUCCUCACUUUACGACCUAUCUGUUUUACGACGGCUCGCACUUAUGACCAACUCUCUCUAGUGUGGGGAUUCAAGGAAAUGCCCACGUUAGAGAGCUUGACUAUGUUUGGGGGAAUUUUCCCUGAACAUAGAUUAGAGGGAUUCACUGCUCUGGUGCGUAUGUCUACAUUCGGGUAAAUUUCCCCGAACAUAGGCAAGCGCGCCAGAGCAGGGAAAUCAUCUGAUCUAUUUGCUCUGUAGCGCAUCCUCACUUACUGACCAAUUUGUUUUACGACCGGAUCGUAAGAACGAAGCCCGGUCGGUAAGUGAGGAGUGUCUGUAUUGUAAUCAAAGACCUAUGUAUGAAGAACCAUUGAAAAGCAUUCACAAUUGAAGCCAAAAGAACAUUUAUGGAAAUUGUUCUACUUUCACAACUUUGUUCAGAAUUACUCCCAAUAAACUAUUGUUAUUAGCUCUUGCAGUAAUGUCACGUAUAAAGUUUGUUUUCAUAGUAUGGUCUCAUAAUUAAUAUGCUGAGUGCCUCCUCUGAUCUUAUGUAUUAGAUAAAUAGUGUUUAUUCACUAGCAAUAUUUUUUCCUAUGUCAUGUGAUGUGAUUUUUUUAAAGUGUUUCUCAGCUUUCUUCUGGAAGGAGAUCGCACUGUGUGGCUUGGGGAACAUUUUCUGUAUAACAACUUAACUUCACAUCAGUUUAGUCAUACAUUAAUUCACCCAAUUUUAGUUUUAGGUGUAUCACACUAGAUAUAGCCAUCAUUACUGGAUGACUAUUGGUUAUUGCUAAUGAUAUCUGAUUCAGCGACUGGUAGAUCUCUUACCAAGCAGUAGAACUUCUUUUAAUUUACCUACCACUGGCUCUAACCUGAAACCGGUAGCUAUGACUUAGACUAUGAAUUGACUUGUUGGGCCACUAAAGUCACUCAGACCAAAUACACCUCUAGUGGCUGUCUUUCUGUGCCACUUUAGGCACUUCUUCCUGAUAGCAGCAUUUGAUUAGAGGAGCGCAGUGUUUUGCCAUGCAUGCUUUUUUCCAGUAUUAGAUGGAAAAAUAUCACCUCAAAACUAAUAUUUGAUGAAGAGAGGAAAUAUCAGAUUAAUUGGACAGGGUAGGUCAGAGUUGUAUAUGCUGUGCAUUGUUGAAUUGCUAAAUUGUAUCUAAAAUGGAAUGUUGGGCUCUCCUAGGAGGUUGAUACAUUUGAGGUCAAACAAAUAAUGCUCUAUUGUUCUAAUUUCAUCUGUGGUGAUAAUGGUGGGUUGUGGUGUGUUUUUUUUUAUUUAUUUUUUAUUAUUUUUUGUAAAAAAAUUUUUUAACAUUAAUAUUUAUAAAGCGCCAACAGAUUCUGCAGCGCUGUACACACAUGAUCACUUGCAUUACUAUCACAAGCCCAGAUUAGUAUUUCACGUAUCUUAAUAACAAGUAGGUUAAGAGCUUAUGAUGCUUAAAUGACCGCAUUGCCGUUUGAAUUAUUUGGUCAAAAAGAUACCUGUAUCAAGUUAAAACUAUGCUUUUAAAUGUUUACUAUUUUUGCAUCUCGAUCCCUCACUAGAUUUUGGUAUUGUACACAUUUGCGUCCUAUAACUUGUAAGUAUUAAACCACUAAAAAAACUUCUGGAUAUAAUACAUCCAUCCAUCAAAAGUAUAUCCAAAAGCUUUUUUUAGUGGUUUAAUACUUCUGAAUUAUAGGACGCAAAUGUGUACAAUACCAAAAUUAUUCUCUCUCCUAAUGAAAGUCCCAACAGGGAACUGAAACAUCAAUUUCCCUGGACCUUGUUUUUCUUGGAUGAAAAGUGUGUGUGUGUGUGUGUGUGUGUGUAUGUAUAUAUGUAUAUGUAUAUAUAUGUGUGUGUGUGUGUGUAUAUAUAUGUAUAUAUAAUAUAUAUAAAUUUUUUUUUUUUUUUCAAGCCCUGGUCUGCAAUAUCGGUAUCUUUAUUGGCCAAUACCGAUAUUGCUGAAAAUACAGAAUAUUGGUCGAUCCCUAGUGUAUGUGUGUGUGUAUAUAUAUUUAUUUCUCUCGCACUCAAUCCUCAAAUUUUUUUUUUUUAAUUUUUUUUUUUUUUUAUGUUUUAGUCCCCCCCUCCCUGUUUCUUACUUGGCCAGGAACUGGGGAUAUGGCAUUCCCUGGGGGGGCCAGCAAGUGCUUACUUACCUUCCCAGCAGCUCCCCUCAGCUCGCUGUGUAAAUUUUGCGGCCUGAGUGCUGCGCGGAGUGUUGCCAUGGUAACCCUUGGCAACACUCUGAUGGCCACAGGAAUCGUGAGAUUUACACAGGGUGCUGAAUGGAGCUGCUGGGAAGGUAAGUAAGCACUUGUUGGGCCCCCCAGGACCCUGAUGGCGGCCCUGGUCUGCAUUAUUGGCAGUAUCCGUAUUGGUACUGGCCGACACUGAUAUUUCUGAAAAUACAGAAUAAUGGCCGAUAAUAUCGGCCAGACCGAUAAUCGAUCGAUCCCUAGUUUCCAAUAUGGAUCAACAUUUCAACCAAACAGGAUUUUAUCAAUAACCCCAUGGUUAUCCUAUUGUUGACCCUAAGGAAAGUCCCGAUCGGGGACUGAAACGUUGGUCGUUUUUAAAACUUUAUUUAUUAAAGCGUUUACAUUUUAAGACCGGUGAGCAGCUAUUCUACUUUGGAGAUAUAUAUUUCACACAUACACACACACGGCAUCGACCGAUUAUGGGUCUGGCCGAUAUUCUGUAUUUUCAGCGGUAUCGGCCAUAAAGAUACUGAUAAUUCAGACCAGGGCCGCCAUCCGGGUCCUGGGGGCCCAGCACGCUAUUACUUACCUUCCCAGGCGCUCCCCUGUCUAACUCUCGCGAGUCCCACGGCUGUCAGUGUGUUGCCACGGGUUACCAUGACAAUGCUCCGUGCGGCAAACAGGCUGUGAGAGUUAGACAGGGGAGCUGAAGGGAGCUGCUGGGAAGGUAAGUAAAAGUGUGCUGGGCCCCCUCUGCACAGUCCAUGCCACUGGACAACCAGGGAAUGCCAUACCCCACUCCCUGGCCAGUUAAGAAGUGUGGGGGGGGGGGAACAGACAAAUUUAAAUUUUUUUUUAAUAUUUAAACAUAGUUACAAAAUAAAAAUGCCACCCCCCCCAAUUUUACACACUUGGCAUACCUGCACAAACACUCACUGCACAAACACUCACUGCACAAACACUCACUGCACAAACACUCACUGCACAAACACUCACUGCACAAACACUCACUGCACAAACACUCACUGCACAAACACUCACUGCACAAACACUCACUGCACACAUUAUGCACACACACUCUGCACUCAUUAUGCACACACACUCUGCAUUCAUUAUGCACACACACUCUGCAUUCAUUAUACACACACACUACACAAACACUCUGCAUUUAUUAUAUACACAAUAAGCAAACACACACUCUGCAUUUAUUAUAUACACACUACACAAAAACAUACACUACAUUCACUAUACACAAACACACACUCUGCAUUCACUAGUCAAAUACUCACUGCAUCCAUUAUACACACAUAUAUUCUUGAAAACAAAUAAUUCUGACCUGGCCUGUAUAUUUUGUGCAUUUACCUUUAAAAAAAAUAAAAAAAAUAAAAAAAAAAUUUGCAAAGUCAAUAAAAUAAACAUGUUCAGUUAACAGUAGAUUUGUGUAGAAAUAGUCAAUUUUUUAAAAAAUGGUAACUGUACAGAAUAUCGGUAAGUUAUCGGCUAUCGGUCUGAAAGUUCACAGAUUAUCGAUAUCUGCUCUAAAAAAAAAUAAACAUCUGUCGAUCCCUAAUAUACACCAAAAAAGUUGUGGUGGGGGAGAAAGUGUGGAUGAAAACCCUUUCCACCUGAAGUAAUUGGAUAGCUAAUAUUAAUAUAUUAACUAUCCAUUUACUUCAGGUGGAAGGGGUUUUCAUCCACAUUCUCUUCUGUGGGGAAAAUCAAGUCGUUGGGCUUGACUGGUGUGUGUAUUUUUUGUUUAGCAAUGUAUUAUAUACAGCUAUGUCUAAAUUUAUUUUUAUUUUUCCAGAAAGAGGGCCAAAGAUAUGAGCAAAAAAAAUGUGAUAUAGCAUAAUGCCAAAAGGCAAAAUAAUUUAACCAAAUUGUUUAUAAUCUGCUGUAGCCCCAACAGCAAGCAAAAUAUAGCAAUUCUAAAGUAUUCAACUACAAAGUGCCCCCUUAGUUAUAGUGACCCACUAGUGCAACCCAAGUUUAUUCAAAGUACAGAUGUUUCGGGACCCCUGCCCCUUUAUCGCUGACAAAUGCCCAACAUAGAUAUAGGAACAGGGUCCCAAAAUGUCUGUACUUUGAAUGCUGUUUGAAUAAACUUUGGCUACACUUGUGGGCUCCUAUAACUAAGCUGCACUUUGUGGAUGAAUACUUUGGUUUCCAAAGGUAACUUAAACAAGUGGCACGGAUUCUAAAUAAUAUUACUGUAAUAAUACCUUUUUUUUUUUUUUUAUCUUGGCCAAACAGAAUUUAGGGAUAGUAAAUAGAGGAUAUCCUGAAAUCUUCUCAUUCCAAAUUUCUUAGUCCAAUAAAAAGUUAUUACAAUAUGAUAUACUUUUAUAUUUUCCCCUUAUCUGUGUGUGUAUGUAUAUGUAUAUAUGUGUGUAUGUAUGUGUGUGUUAUAUAUACACACUUUGUAUUUGGUCUUUUCCUCUCUAGCCCUUGGAAGACAACCAAAGUAAAUGACGUUAUCUUUUGACGUGUGUACACAAAUUGGGAUAUUAUGUAUAUUUUUUUACAUUUACACUGUUCACUGAAUCCUCUGUUAGAUGGAGAUGUGUAAUUGUGUUUGUCUUCAGAGAUCUAUGUGUAUGGUGUUUUUCCGGUGAGGUGGGAGGAGUGAGCCUGCAAUCCGUGCUCUGCCCACAUUUUUUUCCCGGGCACACUUGCUCACACUCAGACUGUCUCCUUUAAGACCCCUAGCCCUCUGUUGAAGGGGUAUACAGAGGAUUAAAGGGCGGCUGCGCAUGCGCUGCUGGAGGCGGCUGGAGCCUCCAUGUGUAAGAGGCGCAUUAUUUGGCAACGUGAGCAGAGGCCAGGACUACCGGGGAUCCGUGUGUGCAGGGACCCGGCGAGAGAGGCCUCAGCUCGGCCAGGCCCAGGCUGCCACCCCCAUCACACCGUGAGUCAGGGGCACCAGGGGGAGCGGGCGGGAACUUUUCUAUUCCACCUCUGUUUGGGGGGCUUCAAUCAAAAAGUUGUAGUAUUAUUUUAUUUAAUGAGUCAGAUGCUCCUCCUUGUAGGUGGGGGAUGGGAGGCAGUGAGGAGGCAUCAGACCCCUAAUUGUUUCUUUACCCCUCGUUAUCUGGCUGCUAAAAAGCAGAUCCUUUAUUAUUGCAGCCCACCAGGCUGAUGGAGUGCCGGUCUAUGGGGGGGUUGUGUGAAAUCAGACCCUUCAGAUGUGGUAUAUUGACAAGAAGUUGAUAGCGAUGGCCUGAUAACACCAUGUAGUAAUUUUCACUCUCUUCCUGUUAUCAUAUUAAGGGUCACUUCUUUUUUUUUUCUUUUUCGGGGGGGGUGGGGGGGGCGGCGCUGAAUUUCUCCAUCCUCCUUUAUCCUAUAUUAAGCACCCAUUAGGAACACAGCAGACCACGUUGUUCUGCAGAUGUCCAGUUCGGCGAGGAAGGGGUUAAAGAGGGUGGGUGAUGGGAUAUUGUCUGUAGGUGGGGGUGCUGUGGAGAGAGCAGAUGCCUCUAGGGGAGGUGGGAAGUGCCCAGGGAGUUUUGAAGCUUCAUGUCUGAUUUCUCACCAGCUCUCUUCUUCCCCUCCCUUGGUGAAAUAAGUUUUAUUAUAAGGGAGGGGGUUAAAAAAAAAAAAAUGGCUUCUUGGUUCAGACAUCUCCAUUAAGCAAGGCACAUAUAUAUUGGUGUGCUGUGUGUGGUUACCGUGACUCUCUUAAAGCCUUGUACUUGGUGAGACUUGAACACAUUAAUGAUGAGAUGUAAGGAUUCAUGGAGAAGAUGGGGAAUGAAAUGACAAAAGGUUAUUUGGGAUCUCCCUUGCCUGCAGCAUACACCAUGUAUAUGCAAUAUGGAUGAUGCUGGGAUACCUUAUCUGUGGGGAUACUUGGUCCUUGGGUUUUAAUAAACUUUUGGGGAGGUGUAAAGAAGAGCUGGCAAUGUUGAUUUUUAUAUGUUGUAGCUAGCUUACUCCCUGUCUACGUCAUUUAACCCUGUGUUCUGGAUCCGCUCCCAAGAGUCUUCCUCCACUCCCCCCCCCCUCCUUUUUUUCCCCCCCUGUCCUUCCUGUUUUGAAAUGUGCGUAAGGCCAAUGCACAUUGAAAACCACUUUGUUCCAUAUUUUUUUUUUCUUGCGUUAUGCACCUGCCAGGUGUAUUGAUGUGAAAUAUCUAUGCAAAAUAGACUCAAUUUAAACAAAACAUCCUUUUAGAUUUUGCUGUCAAAUAUCACUUUGUCAUUUAUAUUGCCAUGGUGCAUCUUGGUUUGUCCAAUGUACUUUUUUUUUUUUUUUUAAAUUACAUUUGUACUAGUUAGAGUACCAAUUAAAAGAAAUUACUUGUAGAAAUGCAUUUGUAAAAACCAUACUAGAAAAAAAAACACUGCAAACAUGUCCAUGCUUAGAACACUGGGUCAGGUUGUGACUUCCUUUCAGAUGUGGUUAUGGUUGAGCAUGCAUGGAGGACAUCUCUUACUGUAGUCACUCUAAGAUGAGGUGGGUAAUUACCAUAAAUAUUCAGGGGUUAACUAAACCGUCCAAAUUGUCUAAUAUGUUUUUAGGAUUGACACUGAUUGUCAAGUUUAGGAGUUUUCAGUAUGACUUGUCAUUUGCUGACCUUUCUCAUCCUGUUUGUGAGAAGGGUGUUUGUGCAUGUAACUACCUAUCAUGGUUUAAUGUUGGUAAUCCCAAAGUUGGCAUGCGUUAUAUUUCAAAUGCAUGGAUCCAACAUAAAAGCAGUGAACACCUUUUCAAUUUCAGCUAUGUGGCGUGAUCAGCUAGAAACUCAUGUUCUUUGUAUAAUUGGAUCUGUAUUUGGUAACCAUUUGGUGAGCACAGGGUAUAUAUUCCAACAUGCAUGGAUGAACAGGUUUGUUUCAGAUGAGAAAUAAAUGGAUUGUGAGAUCAGCAGCUACUAAAAAUAUGUAGCUACUGCUUUCUUGUUGUCUCCUAGUUUCUUCUACUUUGAGUGGGCUGUAUGCUCUCUGCCAUCUGGCCUUGCAAUGGGCUUGCACGUGCAGCAAAAAGUGUAGUCUAUAUGUGUAUGCUGAUGGAUUACAGCUAGUUCUAUAAAACCAGAUCAAUGUUAAUCUAUGAGCUCCAUCUGACUUUAAAAACGCCAUUAAUACCAACUAUAUUUUGCAUUCUAUGGAACGAUCACUCUUUUCCUCGGGCCCUUCUUUCUGUUGCUCACACACAUUAUUAUUAUUAUUAUUAUUAUUAUUAUUAUUAUUAUUAUUAUUAUUAUUGCGCCAUCACAUUCCUUAGCGCUGUACAAUGGUGUAGGUACAGUAAGUCUAUGCUUGGCUGCACACUCAAUGUGUUGUCAUCAAGUGAGAUGCAAAAUGUUGAAUAAAACUUGUUAUAAUCUAUACUGUGGCAUUAUAAACCCAUGCAGUUAGGAGUAUGUCCUGUUCCUCGUCUGUAGAGACGCAGUACACUCGUCUGAAAUGAAAAUGUUUACUUUUUAUUUUAACAGAGUAGAGGCCUUUUAAUAACGUGAAAGGUACAAUGGUGUAAGUGUACAUGUAUAUAAUUCAGCUAACAGAUGUACUUGGCACUUUAGUUUUACUUUUGAAAUAAGGGGAGAUACAAAGAAUGAGAUAACCGUGUACUAAAAAUAAGCAUAUAUCAGUUUGGCAGCCCUUCCUCUAUAGAGUACACAAUCUGAGUGGAAAUGGCAGAAAUACAGGUACGUAUAACAUGUAGGCGCAUAUUCUGAUCGUGCCUUUUGAUAUCUUUAUUUUAAUGUGCUAGUGCUUCAUGUAAAAUAGGUCUUUCAUAGUCACUUGGGUUGAACUUUGCAAAUGCUUGAUUGUUCUGAAGAUAGGGGGCAGCAAGGGAGUACGUUUCUAGAUAUUGCAGAGUUGUGUGUGUGUGUGUCUGUGGUUAGAAAAACAUUUUCAUCUUCUUUCGAUGCAAGUCCUACACUGAAGAGGCCAAGAAGGUUGCUAAAUUGCAGCCUAGAGUGUUUUUCACAGAUUAGAGGUUCACCCUUUUUAUACUUAUAUGCACAUUUAUAACUAGACAGAGCGUAACCAGGAGCAUGACUAAAAAUGAUAGAUAUUGCUUUGCAAAGGUAUGAUUUGCCUUUAGUGACUCGUAACAUAAUGAACCAGUCAUCUGCAAAAGGUGUGCGUAGAAAGGCCGCAUUUACAGGGUUAUUCACUAAAGUGAGAUUCAAAGUGGUUAUCAACUUUAAGGCUAAAGUAGCCAAACUCGAAGCAUAGCUGAUAUUCCGUUUCAACUACAUUGACCUUAAAUUUGAAAUUCACUUUGAAUUCUCACUUUAGUAACUUGGUUAUUUUAAAACUAUCAUCUAUACAGUGUUGUAGCAAAAUUGCCAGCAAAUAAUUAGUUUAACAUUUUUGACCGUCUUUCUGCAACGUCCUCAAAGAUUAUUGGCUCUGCAGUCAAUGUUGGUGCAUGCACUUACACAUUAAUACACUCAUGCCCUACAUGCAGCGUAACACGCAGCUGCACACUAGGACCUUUUGGGAGACUCUUUUUGGAUUGCACGCGGAAGCUAUAUGCACAGUUGUGAUUCUGCAGAUCUGCCUUGUUUGUGGGUUUGCUAUAUUUGUAAGCAGUGUAUGUUAAAUGUUCUUUAAAUUAUAACCCAAUGAUUCUCAUAUUUGAGUCCUUCAAACUGACUUUACGAGUAGACACUGGUUUUGUAUGAGUUGUUAACAGUCCCUUUAGUGAAAUCCAGAAAUAAAAUAAAUGGUGAAAUAGAGGCAUAAUGUAUUACAGAAUAAGAAUUAUUAGCAUAAUUGUUGGUCUCUUGACGUUCUUGUAGUUCAUUAAAUGCUCCGCUUUCUGUAAACAACUUGCUAGACCUUGGCUUGCAGGAGGUGUGUGUGUGUGUGUGUGUGUGUGUGUAUAAUUUUUUUUUUUUUUAACCCGACUAUGUAUGUGGCCAUGGUAUUGCGGACAUAUUUGUACAUUAACAAGAUUGCACUGAAAAUUUGUGUGUAUAUAAUUCCUCAAAGAACCUUUGUAUUCCACUGCUGUAAUGUAAUACUGUUUUCCUAAAAAAUAAGUGUCAGACAUGUUGUUCCACUUCUGUUGCUACACCCUGUCUAACAUCCAUUACUGUUUGUGUCUUUAACAAAUGAUGUCCAUCUUGUGCUUCGUGACCUACAUAAGGGCCACACAACAGGGAUCACUUGCCUAGUAUAUACCAUUGUUCUUGUUUGCUAGGUCUCUUUCAGGUUGUUGCUUGGUAACAAUAGGGGGAGGAGUCAGAGUUGACUCCCUCAUGAGAUAUUAGGAGUCAGAAAUGUGUGUGCUAGGGAGGGGGGCAGACUGGGUGGUGAUGGUGGCAGCUUGGGGAUUAGCCUCAACUUCCAACAAAGAGGUGUCUGUUUAACCCCUUGCAUGGCUGAGCACACCUGCAGCCUGCAAGUAGGGAGGAGUGUGUGUGUGUGUUUGGGGGGGUUGGUGCGGCUAAUGUGGCAAAGGACCUGCGCCUAUAAAGCCAUCUGGCUAUUUUAUAUUUCUUAUGUAUAAUUAUGGUUCUUAAAAAAAAAAAAAAAAUGGCUUUUUGUUGUGACCUUGUUUACAAAUAGUCAUAAAACCUAAAAACUCAACAUAUAGAGUUGUUAGCGUUCUAAAUUACUUUCUCAAACCGCAAAGAAAGUCUCUUAAGACCUCUCUAGAUAAACCUGAAUUUACCAUUUUAUAGUAUUCCAAAAUGUGAUCCUGUGUUACUUAAACCUAGAUUGUGAAAUGCUAUUGGGUGCAGUUUAUUUCCCUGUUGUACCCAAAUUGAAAAUGCCCCCUAUAUAGUCACAGAGGAAUAGUUUGCUUAUGGAAUGCAAACUACCCCUCAUUUUUCUGCUUCUUUAGUUCUGGGUUAUGUAUCUUUUUGAUUCAGUCUGAACAAUCCUGAAAUGGGAUAUGAUAAAUUAUAAUCUGUUUGUGACUUCAGAUGUCUUCUCUGGGAUUUAAAAUAAUGUUUGAACCUGUUCAUUCUUGUAGGCUUUAGCAUCACCUUCGGUAAGCUUUUCCCUGUGUCUGUCCUUUAUGGCUGUUUUUACACUAUACUAUUUUAUAACACUCCAACAUACUUUGCAACACUGAGUAAUGAAAACUUUCAAGUGUUGGUUCCAGAGUUUUGGUAUAGAGGACAAGAGGUGAUAAGGGCAGUGUUGGAAUAAACUAAUCGAGAACAAUAGCGCAAGUUUCAGUACAGGGAGUGCAGAAUUAUUAGGCAAAUGAGAAUUUUGACCACAUCCUCUUUAUGCAUGUUGUCUUACUCCAAGCUGUAUAGGCUCGAAAGCCUACUACCAGUUAAGCAUAUAAGGUGAUGUGCAUCACUGUAAUGAGAAGUGGUGUGGUCUAAUGACAUCAACAUCCUAUAUCAGGUGUGCAUAAUUAUUAGGCAACUUCCUUUCCUUUGGCAAAAUGGGUCAAAAGAAGGACUUGACGGGCUCAGAAAAGUCAAAAUUAGUGAGAUAUCUUGCAGAGGGAUGCAGCACUCUUAAAAUUGCAAAGCUUCUGAAGCGUGAUCAUCGAACAAUCAAGCGUUUCAUUCAAAAUAGUCAACAGGGUCGCAAGAAGCGUGUGGAAAAACCAAGGCGCAAAAUAACUGCCCAUGAACUGAGAAAAGUCAAGCGUGCAGCUGCCACGAUGCCACUUGCCACCAGUUUGGCCAUAUUUCAGAGCUGCAACAUCACUGGAGUGCCCAAAAGCACAAGGUGUGCAAUAAUCAGAGACAUGGCCAAGGUAAGAAAGGCUGAAAGACGACCACCACUGAACAAGACACACAAGCUGAAACGCCAAGACUGGGCCAAGAAAUAUCUCAAGACUGAUUUUUCUAAGGUUUUAUGGACUGAUGAAAUGAGAGUGAGUCUUGAUGGGCCAGAUGGAUGGGCCCGUGGCUGGAUUGGUAAAGGGCAGAGAGCUCCAGUCCGACUCAGACGCCAGCAAGGUGGAGGUGGAGUACUGGUUUGGGCUGGUAUCAUCAAAGAUGAGCUUGUGGGGCCUUUUCGGGUUGAGGAUGGAGUCAAGCUCAACUCCCAGUCCUACUGCCAGUUCCUGGAAGACACCUUCUUCAAGCAGUGGUACAGGAAGAAGUCUGCAUCCUUCAAGAAAAACAUGAUUUUCAUGCAGGACAAUGCUCCAUCACACGCGUCCAAGUACUCCACAGCGUGGCUGGCAAGAAAGGGUAUAAAAGAAGAAAAUCUAAUGACAUGGCCUCCUUGUUCACCUGAUCUGAACCCCAUUGAGAACCUGUGGUCCAUCAUCAAAUGUGAGAUUUACAAGGAGGGAAAACAGUACACCUCUCUGAACAGUGUCUGGGAGGCUGUGGUUGCUGCUGCACGCAAUGUUGAUGGUGAACAGAUCAAAACACUGACAGAAUCCAUGGAUGGCAGGCUUUUGAGUGUCCUUGGAAAGAAAGGUGGCUAUAUUGGUCACUGAUUUGUUUUUGUUUUGUUUUUGAAUGUCAGAAAUGUAUAUUUGUGAAUGUUGAGAUGUUAUAUUGGUUUCACUGGUAAUAAUAAAUAAUUGAAAUGGGUAUAUAUUUGUUUUUUGUUAAGUUGCCUAAUAAUUAUGCACAGUAAUAGUCACCUGCACACACAGAUAUCCCCCUAACAUAGCUAUAACUAAAACAAACUAAAAACUACUUCCAAAAAUAUUCAGCUUUGAUAUUAAUGAGUUUUUUGGGUUCAUUGAGAACAUGGUUGUUGUUCAAUAAUAAAAUUAAUCCUCAAAAAUACAACUUGCCUAAUAAUUCUGCACUCCCUGUAUACUUAUAGCAAACAAUUAUGUUUUUGUCUUAAUAAUGUGUAUAUAAACUAGUUUUGGAUUUGUAAAGUAAUACAAAGGAGAUUUUUUUUAUUAAGAUUAAAUUAUAUAUAUCAUUAUAAUUACAAAUAUAUUUAGCUUUUUAGGAUUAGAUCAUUAGGACCUUUCAUGCUGAGCCAUUUGCUUAUUGGUUCCAUUUAUAUCUAAUAGGAAGGUAUAUACAGUGAGGGGAAAAAAGUAUUUGAUCCCCUGCUGAUUUUGAACAUUUGCCCACUGCCAAAGAAAUGACCACUCUAUAAUUUUAAUGGUAGGUGUAUUUUAACAGUGAGAGAAAAAAAAAAUCCAGAAAACGCAUGUCAAAAAAGUUAUAAAUUGAUUUGCAUGUCAAUGAGUGAAAUAAGUAUUUGACCUCUUCGACUUAGUACUUGGUGGCAAAACCCUUGUUGGCAAUCACACAGGUCAGACGUUUCUUGUAGUUGGCCACCAGGUUUGCACACAUCUCAGGAGGGAUUUUAUCCCACUCCUCUUUACAGAUUUUCUCCAAGUCAUUACGGUUUCCAGGCUGACGUUUGGCAACUCAAACCUUCAGUUCCCUACAGACUUUCUAUGGGAUUAAGGUCUGGAGACUGGUUAGGCUUACUCCAGGACCUUAAUGUGCUUCUUCUUGAGCUACUCCUUUGUUGCCUUGACUGUGUAUUUUUGGUCAUUGUCAUGCUGGAAUACCCAUCCAUGACCAAUUUUUAAUGCCCUGGUUAUAGAAAGGUUGUUCUUACCCAAGAUUUGACUGUACAUGGCCCCAUCCAUUGUUUCUUUUGAUGUGGUGCAGUUGUCAUAUCCCCUUAGCAGAAAAACACCCCAAAGCCUAAUGUUUCCACCUCCAUGUUUGAUGGUGGGGAUGGUGUUCUUGGGGUCAUAGGCCGCAUUCCUCCUCCUCCAGACACAGCGAGUUGAGUGGAUGCCAAAGAGCUCGAUUUUGGUCUCCUCUGACCACAACACUUUCACCCAGUUCUCCUCUGAAUCAUUCAGAUUUUCAUUCACAAGCUUCAGACAAGCCUGUACAUGUGCUUUCUUGAGCAGGGGGACCUUGCGUGCGCUGAAGGAUUUCAGUCCUUCACGGCGUAGUUACAAAAAAAAAAAAAAAAAAAAAUUGGUAUAUUUUUUUUGGGGGGGUGACUAUGGUCCCAGCUGCCUUGAGAUCAUUAACAAGAUGCUCCGUGUAGUUCUUGGCUGAUUCAUCACCAUUCUCAUGAUUAUUGAAACUCCACAAGUUGAGAUCUUGCAUGGAGCACCAGACUGAGGGAGACUGUUAUUUUGUGUUUCUUCCAUUUGCGAAUAAUCGCACCAACUGUUGUCAACUUCUUACCAAGCUGCUUGGCGAUCGUCUUGUAGCCCAUUCCAGCCUUGUGUAGCUCUGCAAUCUUGUCCCUGACAUCCUUGGACACCUUUGCCAUGGUGGAGAGUUUGGAGUCUGAUUGCUUCUUUGGACAGUUGUCUUGUACAGAUAAGGAGCACUUCCUUUAAGAGAUUGCUCCUAAUCUCAGCUCGUUACCUGUAUUAAAGACACCUGGGAGCCAGAAAUCAUGCUGAUAGGGGAUCAAAUACUUAAUUCACUCAUUGACAUUCAAAUCAAUUCAUAACUUUUUUCACCUGUUUUUUUCUGGGUCUUUUUUUUUUUUUUUUUGUGGUUAUUCUGUCUCUCACUGUUAAAAUACACCUACCAUUGAAAUUAUAACAUGAUAUCUCUUUGUCAAUGGACAAACGUUCAAUCAUCAGGGGUUCAAAACUUUUUCCCCUCACUGUAUUUAACCAAAAACUGCACCAUCAUGAGGUGCUUGUAGAACUCAAGAGCCAGACCUGCAUUAAGAGUAUUUUGCUACUCCCCUCUUCCCUAGCUAUACCUAUAUUUCUAUAUAUGUGCUGUUGCUUUAUUUUUUUUCUCAAUUCUGAUUGUUAUUUUAAGGACCAUCAGAAUCUGUUGUUUAAAGGGACACUAGAGUCAUGAAUUCAAAUGUGUAUUCCCAACACUUGAUCUAAAUAACAGUUUAGGCCCUCGUGUUCUCCCUUACCACCUUUUUCCAUUGCUGUGUGUCUGCUUGUGGCUGGCUCCUCCCCCUUGGUUGAGAUCAUUACGCUUGAUUAUCUCUGCAAAACCAAUGAUUUUCCCAUAGGAAAGCAUUGGAGGCUAGUUCGCAGGCACAGCAAAACACUGCUGCGCCAAUCCGCAUCUCCUCAUAGAGAUGCAUUGGUGCAAAGUGUGGAGAUGCUAAACGUCUGUGCACGUUGUGCAGCACUGACACAGGAAGCGUCUCUGGUGGCAGUCCAAGUGACUGCCACUGGAGCUGUCCCUUAGCAGUAAUAUAAAUACUAAUUUUUUUUCUCUGAAAAAUCUGUGUUUAAAGUAAAAUGACUGCAGUUACAUACUAUAGACACCAGAACAACUCUAUUGAUUGCAGUUCUGGUGACUAUAGUGUCCCUUUAAGGAUCUCAUCCCAAUUUUGAAUAUCCCAUUUGAUGAAAGACUGCAUGGAACCACUAUAGAUAAAUAUGCAGGACAUUCCAUACUGAUCUAAGUUCUCUAGGGACAAGAUUGUGAUGUCCUUAAAGGGUUACUCCAACCAUCAUGACCACUUCUGCUUGAACUGAUGCACAUACAGAGAGAACUUAACUUUUGUGUUGGGCUAGUUGCUUCCCCAGUGUACGUGACUUUGGCAGCCUCCGAACUCUGUUCUGGACUGCCUUAUGACAAUUCUGUGCAAAAAUUUGCACGCUGGCGACAGAUGUAAUGAUCUUUUAUCUUGCUCAACCCGCUAACUGCAGGCUUAUGGUGCCUCAAUACAUUGUGUGUAUGUAUGUAUGUAUGUAUGUAUGUAUGUAUGUGUGUGUGUGUGUGUGUGUGUGUGUGUGUGUGUAUAUAUAUAUAUAUAUAUAUAUAUAUAUAUAUAUAUAUAUAUAUAUAUAUAUAUAUAUAUGUAUGUAUAUGUAUGUAUAUAUAUGUAUGUAUGUAUGUAUAUGUAUGUAUAUAUAUAUAUAUAUGUAUGUGUAUAUAUAUAUAUAUAUAUGUAUGUAUAUAUAUAUAUAUGUAUGUGUAUGUAUGUAUAUAUAUAUAUGUAUGUAUAUGUAUAUAUAUGUGUGUGUGUGUGUGUAUAUAGCACAUAUCAUUUUUUUUUAUUUUUUAUUUUUUUUUUUACUUUUUCCUCUACUCGUGUGCUAAUGCGCUGUGAGCGGACUAAAUUAACCAAUCAAACGCUUUUGAUUGGACCAUGGAGCGGAAGGGAGUGCCAGACUCUUGUUGUGGUAGUCAAUGUGAGUUUAUAUAAAUGUUUUGUGAACUUCCGUGCAUUUUGAUAAAUCCUGGCACACUUCAUCUGCUCUAGGACUUGGCAAAUAUUUAUUUCACAGUUGGUGGCACUUGGGUCCCAUCAGUCUGUAAUGUAAUCGUGGUUAUAAUCAAUCUCCACCAUAUAUAUUUUGAAAUAUGAACAAUUCUGUAACUUUCUUUAUCCGUGUCAUCAAUACGCAUGUAUUGCAUAUUUAGUCACAAUGUUUUCAUUGCUGUGUAUCAGUUACGCAUUGUACAGUUUUGUGUAGUCAGUUAUCAUUUAUUUGUAACCCUGUCCCCAAGUUCCUUCUGGUGUUCUGCACAUUGAAGUAGUUUAUCUAUAGGUGUGUGUGUGUGUGUGUGUGUGUGUGUGUUUGUUUUUUCUUUUUUGGUAAUCUCUGCGUAGAUGACUAUUCAGAGUAAUUGGCACCUUUGACUGUCUGCAGUAGUUUAAUAAGGAAGCCAUUUUCUUCCUGCCUGGGUUGUUAGGAUGGGUGGGUGUUAACUCUUUUAUUACCAGAUCCACCUUACACCUACAGUUUUCUUGACUGACAAGCAAAGUCCUAUGCACCACCCAUCUCUCAACCUCUUCCUCCAGCACCCCCUCCCAUCCAGCUGUUGUUGGGUCAUUUCUGUACCCCACCCCUGUUUCUUUGCCCAUCCCCCACAUACUCUUGUCCGUCUGGCUGUACUGUGUCACUUCCUGGACACUCUGUGUACAGGGUAUGCUGGUUAACGUGUACUAAUACACGCUGUCUGUAACAUCUGCAUUUCCUUUGUGAUCCCACCAGCAUCCAACAGGUUAAAUGCUUUUGUAGUCUACUCCAACAAAUCUAUCUAUGAAAGGGUUACUAUGUCAGUGUCGGUUUCACUUUAAACUCCAGAGGUAGCUGGAAGCUGGGAUGACAUGUGAAACCUUAUCUAAUAAGAGGUGUGUUCUUCUUGUAAUCUUCAAGAUUGUGUCAACAUAUUUAAUUGUGUUUUGGCAUUUAUGGUUUUAGUGAUAAAGGGUCUGUACCUUCUGAGCCAUAAUGUGUUCACACUUUGAAUUACAGUAGUGUAUGAAAUGCAAAUUUCUUUGAGGUUAGUCUAUCCAACAUGAACUUUUAAAGCCUGCGUCUGAGUUUGAAGACUGUCCAUUCUGGAUGUUUAAUAUUAAAACCUCAAAAUUGUUAAGGGUUAAGAAUUAAUCAGUGGAGAGAGAGAGAGAGCGAGAGAGAUCCCCCCCACCACCUUUUAUACAGAAGUACUUAGUUCCACUGUCAAGUGUUGAGACUGAAGAUUUCAAGGCAAAAUGUAAACUUUUGAAAUAUGUGUAUUUAUACAUUAAUUCCACCCUAGAGAUUAAAAUCUAGGGUGUAUUUUAGAGAUUCAGUUUAACCCAUAAACACAUAUGGAGUCCUGUUUUUUACUCCUGCUGUCUUGUAAAGAAAGACGUUUGUACUCCAUCUACAUCUUAUGAAUCUUUUGUAAAAGGUUUACAUUGCCCUUGCAACAUCUACAGGCUAGUGUAUUGAUUCAGUAUUUUAGGUUCAGUACCUAAGAUUUGUGAAUUGGACUGUCAUGGGAAGCACUAUUUGCUGAGGUUUGGCUUAAAGGUGUGCAAUGGCAGCAAGAUGUAUGUUCUUGAUUUAAUCCCUUGAUCCUGAACUGUGUGACUUGUUCAUUGGCACAGUCUGAAGUGCUGUGCUCUGCUUCAGCAUACUAGAAGGGAGAUACUAGUAAAGUUUUGCUUGUUUGGCACAUGUACUCUCUACCAGCAGUCUGUAGUGGUUAUCCUAUGGGGAAAAGCUGCAGUAUAUUGUAAUGAAUAAAUUAUAUUUUUGGAGGGGGGGAGGGGGCAGCAAAGUAUAUUAUUACAGGGAUUUACAAAUUUGCAUGGAGUCUAGGAGCCAGCUAAAAGUUAGCAGAUAUAUCUAUAUAUCAUAUCUAUGGUGGAUGAAAACCCCUUCCACCUGAAAUAAAUGGAUAGUUAAAGAAAUGUUAAACACAAAUGCACACAGCAGGCAAGCCAUAAGACUUGCUUUUACCAGAGAAAUUUCAGUCAUAUGGCUUUGAAGGGGUUUUCAUCCACACUUUUCCCCCACCACAACUUAUAUGGUAUGUACUUAAAGGGAUUUUCCAGUGUUUUCCUGACACUGCAGGACCCUGUAGUGCCCCUCUCCCUCCCACCCCCCAUUCCAAGUUGCUGAAGGGGUUAAAACCUCUUCAGUGACUUACCUGAGUCCAGCGACUAUGUCCCUCGGCGCAGAGUCAGGCUCCGCCUACUUUCCUCCCCCAGUGGGCGCGACCUAAUGCACAUGUGCGGAAAUGGCCACGCACGUGCAUUAGACCUCCCCAUAGGAAAGGAUUAUUCAAUGCUUUCCUAUGGGGAUUUUGGAGACGUUGGAGGUCCUCACAUAGCGUGAGGACGUCCAGCGUCGUAUAACACACUUUUCGUGUCCUAAGAACCUAUCUCAUGCUGAUGAGUUGAAAUAACAACGAAACAGCUGUCCAGGAGUGGUUCACUAGCAUUUCACCUCUUCCUGAGUUAUGUUUCAAAGCUGUUCUAUGCAGCAGACACAUACUCCAAGGAAUCCAUGUAUGAAGUGAAAUUAUGAGGAAAAACGUGGUUCUGUGUUGAGCUCAUUUGCAUACGCCUACCUAGAAUCCAUUGCAGUAGUGAGAUCACUGUUAAAGUGAGAUUUCUGUGGUAAAAGCCAGUCUUAUGGCUUGCCAGGUGUGUGUAUUUGUGUUUAGCAAUGUAAUAUAUAUCUAUAUCAUUUUAUGUAAACAAAGCUAAAUUUUUAACGACAAAAAUACAAAAUACAAUUCUUAUAGGGACACUAUAGUCACUAGAACCACUAGCGGUUCUGGUGUCUGUAGACUGUCCCUGCAGGCCUUUCAAUGUAUCUAUAUGUGGAGAUGCUGAUUGGCGGUGUGGUUUGCUGCUCAUGUGCUAUAGCCUCCCAAUACUUUCCUAUGGGAAAGCAUUGGAUUGGCUAAGAUUAUCAAGCUUGAGCACCUCUGCCAUGGAAGUGGGGCCAACCACACCAAGACUAGCACGGGAAGGGAAAAAAAGGUUAGUGAAAACACCAUUCUCAUGUGAUUGGAGGGGGGGCUGGUUACCUAAACACACACACUCACUGGCAGACACACAUUCUGUCAAGUUAUUUGGUUUAUUUAAAUUUAAUUCCACCCAGCCUUCCUACGCUUAGGAAAGCUGGAGUGGAUCGGCUUCACCUGGGGUCUAGUGGGGCUGCUGUCAUUAAGCUCUUAACGCUUGAUGCUGUUUAAUGAUGCAGGCUAGAGUAACUUCAUAUUCCGGAUCUUGGCAUCACUGAAGGGUGUGUGAGAGAGCAGAACAAGAUUACAGCUUCCUCGCCGCCCGGCUCCAUUACUUAAAGCUGGGUGCUGGCCUGCCUCCACAGAAUGGACUGGCAUGACCCAGGUGACCUGGGUCUUGUAUUUGGCGAGCCGUGUGUGUGUGUGUGUGUGUGUGUGUGUGUGUGUAUAUAUAUAUGUGUAUGUGUAUGUAUAUGUAUAUAUAUAUGUAUGUAUAUAUGUAUGUAUAUAUGUAUAUAUGUGUAUAUAUAUAUAUAUAUAUAUAUAUAUAUAUAUAUAUAUAUAUAUAUAUAUAUAUAUAUAUAUAUAUAUAUAUAUAUAUAUGUAUAUAUAUGUGUGUGUGUGUGUAUAUAUAUAUAUAUAUAUAUAUAUAUAUAUAAAUAAAUAUUACACACACACACGUUAAGUUGUCAUCUUAGCAGCAACCGGUAACUAUAGUGCUUUCCCCCUUACCUUUUCUGUUAAAUCAGUACAUGAAGGUCUGGUAACUGUCCCAUCAAAAUAAAUUUUUUAAAACACUCUUUAAAUAUUUUUGUGCUAUGUGAACAUUGGACAGAAGUAUCGUUUAAAAAAAAAAAAAACAAACAAAAAAAAUACAUUUAAAUAGCUGUAGAGGUGUUUUUAUUUAUGUGGAGCUUUAAGGAGUUUUUUUUUUUUUUUUUAAUUUUUUUUUUUUUUAUUUUAUUUAUUUUUGAGUGUAAAAGUCAGUGGUAUCAGCCAUAGCUUCCUGAUUCUUGUAUAACUACAACUCCCAAAACUUGGCCUUUCCUAAGAAAUUUUUUUAAUUGAUUGCCGGGUUUGUGAAUCCAUUAAAGUUGGGGGCAGUGGGUCAAUAUCAUACUCCAGAUCUAAACUGUGUCUCCCCUUCCCCUCCCUGUUAGCAUGCAUGGGACUGUAGGUAUAGACUCUUUGUAUUUUCUUGAAAUGUGUUUGUCAUAGAGCUAAAUCGCAUUGGUCUGCACUUUUAACAAUGCAGCAUCCUGGCUGUGAAAAUGCCUAAAGCCUGGAGCAUGAAUCUGUAUUGCAUUUGUUAUUUCUAGAGCUGCAAGAGAAAAAUCUAGACUAAACUAAUUUGGAUGACGACUGUAGCAAAACCAUCCCCAUUGAUCUUACACUUUCUUCCAGUUUUCAGUCUUGUGAUGUACCAUGAAGCUUACACUUCUUGUACAGGUUAAAAAAUGUGCUUGUUGAAAGCCACACAACUCACAAGUGUUAGUAUGUUUGUGUUGUGUUUUUCUUUUUUUUUUCUGGUUUACCCCUUAAGGACACAUUACGGAAAUAUUCUCUCAUGAUUCCUUUUUAUUUCAGAAGUGGUGUCCUUAAGGGGUUAAAUAUAUAUUUAGUAUCUUUAACGGAACGGUAUAGCGUUAGGAAAAUGUCCCUACUUAUAUAUGCAAGUGAUCCUUUUUUUUUUUUUUUUUUUCACAAUUAUAAUUUUAAGCACCACACCUCUUUACUACUUUACUUCUGCAAUGUCAUCGAGGAUGCUUGUCUUCCUCUGGCAUAAAUCCAAUCUAUAAGCAGUAUUGUGCACCUGAUGUUCAUGUGAGGUGGGUGCCAGGUGCAUCCAGUGUUACUUAUCAUAUCCAAUUCUUUACAAUAAGGUGCCACGUUUUGUACUGUCAUUUAGAGGCGUAUUUACCUUUAAGGUAAACAUUGCCCUUUCUGCAAAAUGCCAGUGUUUUACCUUGAAGGCAGAGACCACUGCACUCAGACCACUUCGUUAAAAUGAAGUGUUCUGGGUGACUUUAGAUGCCCUUUAAUCUAUCAAUAUUAGAAACCAUGACAAGUUGUGGGUGGUAUUUGCAUAUUUUGGGUCAUUUUCAUAACUUCUUUUAAGGGUUCUUAGUGUUUCUUUUUUGAAGGGUUCAGUAUUUAAUUUGACCCUUUUGGAAUAGCUGCUUUGGAAAGAAUUGAAUAAGUGCUUUUCUAUGGGGGUGUUUACAAACACUGGAGGUCUUUGACAUUUUAAUUGUUUUAUUUUUGAAAUGUCAGGAAAGAAUUUAAGGAAUACAGUUUUAUAUACCUCAAUUUUUAGUAUCCAACAUUAAUUAAUAAAUAUAUAUAUAUAUAAUUUUUUUUUUAAACCCCAAGUUUGAGUGAGCACCAUUACCGCGCAAUGCCGGGAGGGUUUCACUAGCCAGUCCAUGUACAAUAUAAUUCUAUAUUUGCAUGCCUUGUCCACUGAACUCAAUAUAGUAUAAAGUAGACGUGCCUCAGGCCAUACAGUUAUAAUGGGUGACACUAUUUAUGAUCUAAAAAGACAGGGUCUUUAAAUAUAUUCUCAUCUGAACAAAACCUUCUCACAACAUCAGCUAGCAAGGAAAAGACCAGCAAACCAUUGCAAUACGGCUUUGAAAAGUAGAAGAGUAUAUUUGUAUGUAGAAUAUACUAAAUAACACCUCAGUGAAGUGUUGGUUUCCCAAGUUAGGUUUAUUUGCUAAAGUGAUUUAUUGAACAUUUCAAAUAUUGGGCUGAAUUGACAUCAAAUCUGCUGUUUUGGCUUAAAAUUCUUAAUUUUCUUUGAAUUCUUAACAUUCCACACUUUAGUGAACAUCAUCUAUUUCUCCUAAUGCAAAUACUCUGUAUUAUUGUUACAGGCUUCCUCAAUACUUUUUGAUGCUCCUGUGAUGCAACUGUAACUCGUUCCAUUCAUGAAAAAUAUGUAUAUGUAGAAUUGGCUAUACUGGUAAUAUUAACUUGAGCAUUCAGUUAAUUCAUAAGACUUCAUGAAUGAAACCUCUGCAAAUUUAAACGCAUACACCACAAUUGCAUGGAAGACAGUAAUUUGUGAGAUAUGUUUACUGCUCCCACCAAGAACAAUAAGAAGGGCCCAUGAUUGCUUCAAAAGUGAAUAUCCUUAAAGAAACACUAUAGUGUUUGGAAUACAAAGCUGUAUUCCUAACACUAAAGUGUUUCUGUGCUGCCGUGGCACUACUGAAAGGGUUAAACUAACCUUUUUUUUUCUUUCCACUCCGCCGCCUCAGAUGUCUGUGCUGAGGGGGAACCUAAUGCGCAUGUGUCGUGAGUGCCGCACGCGCAUUAGGCCUUCCCCAUAGGUAAACAUUGAAUCAUUGCUUUCCUGUGGUGUUUUGCAAGAGGCAGGAUGUCCUCAGGGAAUGGGUUGAAUUAUGUGAAACAGCAGGAAGCACCAAAGGCAGUCUUAGCCCUGCAAUGUAAACAUUGCAGUUUCUCUGAAACUGCAGAGUUUUACAGUGCAGGGCUAACGGCGACAGGGACACUGCUCCCAGACCACUUCAAUGAGAUGAAGUGGUCUGGGUGCCUAAAAUGAUUAUUUAAUCAUCUAUGAGACCUGUAAUCUUACGGCACCUCUCUAGUACCUUCAUUUGAUCCAAACAGCAAUGAUAAACCCAUACAAACCAGCCCAUUUUAUUUUAUAGGAAGACUGUGCGUGCUUGGUACAUUCAAAAAGAAAGUAAUGUUGACAGGAGGAGGGAAGAGCCACACCAGUUUGGCUUCAUAACAAAAAAAUUGCCAGACAGUCAUGUGAUUUCUCACUGUAUGAAGCAUACAGAUGUGGUAAGGAGGUUUAGUUUAUGAACGUGUUGUCUUAGUUUUGGAGUUUACAGAGAAUGGUGACAUAAGUCAUCCAACAAGCUGUUCUGUGGCCAAAAACUCAGAGGAGAAAAGCCAUAGCUGUCUCAAAUGGUAAAAUAACGCCUCUUUACAAAACUCUAUACAAGACAAGUAUGCAGAAUGCCAUAUCUGAAAGCACAUGAUGAUGUAGAAUGGAUGAAGCUAUAGAAGAGAUGGAGUUUGUGAUCACCAAAACUAGAUGACUGAAGAUUUCUAAAAAAUCUGCACACCAGUCAAGAGAUAUAUAUAUAUAUAUAUAUAUAUAUAUAUAUAUAUAUAUAUAUAUAUAUAUAUAUAUAUAUAUAUAUAUAUAUAUAUAUAUAUAUAUAUCUCUCUAUCUAUGUGUGUGUAUGUAUACAUCUCCUGCACUCCCACCUAACAAAAAUCAAAAAAUGACCCGGUGCUCUGGUAGCUCCAUAGUAUAAAAUGACAAAAAGUACCGGCACUCAAAGGAUUUUCAAGUUAUAAUCUUCUUUAUUCUGAAAAAUACAUCAUCAUCGGGAUGAUGUAUUUCUCAGAAUAAAGAUUAUAUCUUGAAAAUCCUUGGAGUCCCGGUACUUUUUGUCAUUUUAUUUAAAUUUAUAUAUACAUACAUAUAUACACACACACUGUCUCGGUUUUCCAAGUGUAUUAAAAAAAUAAUCAUCCAUACAUCGUUUCGACCCUCCAGGGUAUUUAACAAGUUAAUGACAGUGUACAUAUAUAAUAACUUACCCCAUCUGUGUGAUUUUAUUCCUGUGCAGUGGUGACGUGGUCCUGUGACCUAACGUGAGAAAACGUGUAUGUGGUGUAUACAAAGGGGGAAAAAGGGGUGGGGGGAGGCAAAAGAAACCUAAAAUUUAAAAAAAAAAAAAAAAUUUAAAAAAAAAUUGAUAAUUAUGAAAUAAUAAAUUUAAAUAUGUUAAACAAAAAUCUUUCCCUCAGAAAUAACAAAUUUACAAUGAUGUUACUACUGGGUGGGCAUAUGCAAAUUAGUUUAACAAAUAGAUAUGAUAUAUAUUACAUUUUUUUUUAUAUUGCUCCUCCUCUCACCCCAUUACAAUUGGGUGUGCCAUGUUUAAAUCUACCUCUAUUGCUUAAAAUUAAGUUAAUAGUGUUGAAACAGAAUAUAGAAGCCGCACUGCAAGAAUACUUUAGUAACAUGCAAACUGGAGAAAGAUAUACUCUUAUAUCAUGAGUCCCUUCUAGGAAAGAUAAUAAAUAGUCCACAGAGAAGGGGUAAACUCCAUAUCUGACCGUUGUGUUGUAUGAUGGGUAUGCACUGCUGGCCUCAAUUCUGUAUACUGAAUAUUAAGUCUCAGCCAGAGAUUUUAUACACUCUUGUGUCUAGCUGAAUUUAUAGGUGAAUGUCACUUGUUUUUCACAACUGUAACUAGGUUCGUUAUAGAGCUGCUUGCUAAUCUUAUGCAACAGGGAGACCAACCUCAAAACAAAUGUUCUAGAACUCUACUGAUCAAUGGGAAACCUCAAAAAAAAAAAAAAAAAGAUGGAGAAGCAAAUCACAUGGCAACUGUCCUGAGGUUAGACCUCUAAGACAUGUGUCGACUCCCAUCCCCCGCCACCCUUUUCUCCUGGGUAGGCGAUAGAACCAGACGGGUAACCUGAGCUGGUCUUAAAGGGUCUGUGUCCGUGUCCAUCUGUGCAACAAAUGAAUAAGAUAGACUUGCAUCAUGCACUAGCAAUCUCCCUUCCACAGAUAAAUUAAUGGAUAUGCACAAAGUGUCCUUGUGCCCACUUUCAUUGUGAAAUCUAUUUUUGUUGGAAAUGCUCCUUUAUUUAAGGAGAGGCCGUUUUAAACCCAUCACGCAUAGCUCCCGUAGUGUCGGCACCUACUGGGUUGUACCUCAUGCAUGAUUUAGAUGUCAGUGUCUGGCUUAUAAACAUCAGAGCCCGAAUGCCAGAAGUGAUACAAUUUUAUUUUUUAUUUUUUUAUUGAGAUUCUCAUUUCCAAUUUUUUUCAUAUGUAGUACUUUGUUUCACCAGAACCUGGUUACUGAAAAUAUGGAUUGAUGUGGCAGGCUUCUCUAUAUACCUAGAAAGUGUUGCAACCAGGGACUACUGGGUCCUUAUGUGGAAGCCAGAUUUUUUUUUUUUUCCUCCCCUCAUUCUUUUGGUUUUUAGUUUUUGUUUUACUUUCUGUAAGAAAAGCUGAUGCACACUAGGUACUCCUUUGUUGCCCACGUGGAUUUAAGGAUGAGAUUUCUUAAUAUUUUGGAUUAACACUUGUACUAUUUUUAGUGCACUUUGUGAGGUUUUUAAAGUAAAAGUUAGAGACAGUGCAGCUUGUUUCCUUGUGAACUGUAGGCAGCGCAUUGAAGUAACUGGAGGUUUUCAAGUAUUACUACAGUGGCCAGUUAAGUGUAAGCUCACCUGUCAUGUCAAGGGAGUGGGGGAGAAGCAGUAUAGCAGGUAUAAAAGGUAAGCAGUUUUAUUUGUAAAAUAGUUUUAAUUUUAGAAGUUUUUUUAUAUUUUAAUUUAUUUUUAGUUGUCUAAAGUGAUUUUUAUUAAUCCAAUUAUGGUGGGCAGAGUAGUCCAUUUAUAGCAAUGGUUCGCAGUCAAUUUAUAAGCAAUGGUUUGUCCUUUAAUGUGGUGGUCUCAUUCUGGAAAACUGAAAAUGUACAUACUUUUAUAUUUUUGUGUACACACACACACUUUUUUUUUUCUUCUCCCCAUCCCAAUUCUAAAUGUUAUAAUUUAUAAGUGACACUAAAGAAAACUUACUCAAAAUAGAUUCACUAAUUAGUCCUGAUUAUUCAAAUGUCCAAUCUUUCUAGGUUUUCAGUUAAUAUUUAGAAAUUGUAAAACAAAGUGUGCGGUUAUUGUGAUGUCUGUGGGGGUGGGAGGGCAAGUUCAUGAAUAUAUAAUUUUGUUUUUAAAGGACCACUAUAGUGCCAGGAAAACAUACACUUUUUUUUUUUUCUGGCACCAUAGUGCCCUGAGGGUGCCCCUCCCACCGGGCUCUAGGGGGUGGAAGGGGUUAAACUUACCUCUUUCUCCAGCGCCGGGUGGGGGACUCUCCUCCUCCUCGGCUGCAUGCGCGGCAGGAGCCGCACGCGCAUUCAGCCAGUCCAUAGGAAAGCAUUCUCAAUGCUUUCCUGUGGACGCUGGCAUCUUCUCACUGUGAAAAUCAGUGAGAAGCGCAGAAGCACCUCUAGCGGCUGUCAAUGAGACAGCCACUAGAGGCUGGAUUAACCCUAUUAUAAACAUAGCAGUUUCUCUGAAACUGCUAUUUUUAUAGAAAAAAGGGUUAAACCUAGCUGGACCUGGCACCCAGACCACUUCAUUAUGCUGAAAUGGUCUGGGUGCCUAUAGUGGUCCUUUAAUUAAAAAUUAUUUUCAUAUUUCCCCCCUCCUCCCCCCCCCUUUCAGGCCAUGGUAAUCUCUCUCCUACUGGGUUUAUAUUAAAAAAAUGGGGCUGAGCACUAUUUUCACUUCCCAUUUCAUUGCACUAGACCAGGUUUCCCCAAACUCCAGCUCUCCAGAUGUUGCUGAACUACAACUCCCAUGAUUAUCAGCCUAUCUAUUUCAUUCAUAGAAUCAUGGGAGUUGUAUUUCAGCAACAUCUGGAGUGCAGGAGUUUGGGGAAGCCUGCACUAGGCAAUGAACUUAUAUUUGUGUGUGUGUAUAUAUAAUUUUAUAUAAAAUUGUCACUUAAUGUGGUCAUAUUAAAAUAGAUGGAACAACACAACCCUUGAUCUAAGAAUUGCUUUUCAUGAUGUCUUGAUAAGGGUCUGGUUAAGUGAAUCACAUGUUUUAGCAACUGUGGUGAUACUAGAUGCAUGGUAAAGUCCACUGUCCAGGGUAGGAGGACAGUUUAUAACAACAUGAAAAUUACCGGCCCAAUAUUGUGUAGGUAGGUCUCCCUCGUGUUGCAAAAACUGCUCUGAUGCUUCGAGCUAUGCACUCAACAAGACCUCUGAACGUGUCCUGUGUUAUAUGGCAUGAAGUCCUUGAUUGUCAGCAGAUUCUAGCAGUCCUGAAAUUUGUGUGGUGGGGCCUCCAUGGAUCAGAUUUGUUGUUUCAGCACAUCCCAUAGAUGCUCAAUCGGAUUGAGAUCUGGGGAAUUUGGAUGCCAAGUCAACAACUUGAACUCUGUCAUAUUCUUCAAACCAUUCCUGAACAAUUUUGCAGGAUGCAUUAUACUAAUGAAAGAGGCUACUGUCAUCAAGAAACACAAAUGUCAUGAAGGGGUUUAAGUGGUCUGCAACUAUCUCUAGGUAGAUUGAGUCAAAGUAACAUCCACAAUGCCAGGACCCUAAUUUUCCCAGCAGAACGUUGCCCAGAGCAUAACACUGCCUCCACUUGACUGCCUUCUUCCCAUAGUGUAUCCUGCUGCCAUCUCUUUACCAGGUAAACGACACACAUGCAUCCUGCCAUCUACUUGAUCUAAAGGAAAACGUGAUUGAUUCAGGCCCGCCAUGUUCUUCCAUUGCUCCAUGGUCCAGUUCCGACACUCACAUCGCUAUUGAAGGCACUGGACAAGAAUUAUCAUGGGCACUCUUGAUCAGUCUGCCGCUACACUGCCCCAUGUGCAGAAAACUGCAAUACACUGUGUUCUGUAACCUUUCUAUCAUGGCCAGCAUUGUUGUUCAGUAAUCUGAGCUACAGUAGAUGGUCUAUGUGAUCAGAGAGGCUAGCCCUUGCUCCCCAUGUGCAUUAAUGAGUGCCCAGGACCCUGACGCCAGUUCACCAGUUGUCCUUCCUUGCACUGCUUUUGGUAGGUACUAACCACUGCAUACCAGGAACACCCCGCAAGAUUUGCCAUUUUGGAGAUGGUCUGACAGUCGUCUAGAUUGUUUGGCCCUUGUCAAAGUCACUCAGAUCUUUUUGCUUGCCCAUUUUUCCUGCUUCCAACACUUGAAAUUCAAGAACGGACUGUUCACUUGCUGUCUAAUAUAUCCCACUCCUUGACAGGUGGCAUUUGUAAUGAUAUAAUAUUAUUUACUUCACCCGUCGGUGGUUUUAAUGUUGUGACUGAUCAGUGUAAGUUCACUUCAACUGACAUUGUAUAGCUCAAACCUUCUCUAGGGCUUAGCUGCACCUAGCAAGUUGUGGUUGUUAUCCACCUUGGAUGCAUGUUGUCCUAAGUUACAUCUAUUAUUUAAUUGAACUCCCAAAUUUUGUAUUUUUUUUUCUGUCUAUGAAUAAUGUGCUCAUGUGGAGCACAGUGUAUUAAUAUAUGCAAAAGGUACUAUUCUAUUCAAGCCCUGUGGUUACUGAAGUCUGUUUUCGGUACACCGCUUCAGUUGUGAAAAGGGCUAAUAUUAAUGCUGUGAUUUUAUGCAAGGUGAUUGAGUUGUGUUAAGCACAGUGAACAUCUUGCAUGCAAUAUUAAAUGUGUUUAUUUGGUCAUAUAAAAUUAUGGCUGCUCAAUAUGAUAAACAGUAAAUUAUCAUGCUUUUAGACGUCAAGGUACACUCCACUGCCCAACCAAAAAAAACAACAAACAACCAACCAACGGUUAAAUGACCACUAUAGGCACCCAGACCACUUCAGCUCAAUGAAGUGGUCUGGGUGGCAGGUCCCUCUAGUUUUAAUCCUGCAGCUGAAAACAUAGCAGUUUCAGAGAAACUAUGUUUCACUGAGGGUUAAUCCAGCCUCUAGUGGCUGUCUCACUGACAGCCGCUAGAGGCACUGGGUGCUGGACGUCCAUAGGAAAGCAUUGCGUAAUGCUUUCAUAUGGGCUGUUUGCGCUCGUGGCUCUUGCCGCGCAUUCGCAUCUGACGUCGGCAGGGGGCGGAGAGUUCCCCAGCACAAAGAGCCCUGCGCUGGAGAAAGGUAAGUGAUUGAAGUGGUUUUAACCCAUUCAGCUCUGAGGGUGGGGGGGGCUUAAUGACCCUAUAGUGCCAGGAAAACGAGUUUGUUUUCCUGGCACUAUAGUGCUCGUUUUAAGUAUAUCUGCAGACUUUGUGGCUGUCCAAUCACAGACCUCCCAAUGCAGCUCAAUUAGGAGUUAUUGCAAAGCAGCUGCUCUGAGCCUGCCUGUUGAGUUUAGCUCCACUGAGCAAGCCAAACCAGGGAGUAACAGGACCAGUUGUUGGACAGCCAUGGGUUGUAACAAGAUUUAUGAAAAUUUCUAUUGAAGUAUGCACUUUUUGUAGAAUGAAAAAGGACAUGCUCUUCUCACAUAAAGCAAGCAUAAGUACUUUAGGCAUCUGGAGUGUCCUUUUCUUAGUCUUAAAAUUUAUUUAUUUUUUUUAAAUGACUUGAUACUAUUCUUUUGACGUCUAUUGGAUCAAUGCAGUACUCUUACUAGAGAACAUGCAUGGUAUCCAUUUCUGCGUAUGUAUAUGUUCUACAUCUAAUAGAGCCUUGCUAUAUAUGCAUACCUCUUGUACAUGGUUUUUAUUCUCCUUACCUAGUGUAAGCCCACUAUAUUUUUUUUUUUAUGGUUUUAUAUUUUAUAUGGUUUUAACCAGGUUAGAAAAAAGUAUUUAAUCCUAAUUGUACAGCAGAACACAUUAACAGAGUGCAAGCGUAAAUGACAGGGUUUAUUCAUGCAGUUUGCAAUUUCUUAUCGAAUGCAGGAAAGGGUAGAAAGUAUACAUUUUUAAAUCCGUGCAUGUAGUCCGUAUCUGCUAUAUAAUUGAAAAUAAUUUUGCCAAUAUACAAAUAUAUUAUGUCAGGGCUCAGUGAAAAUGAAGCCUUGGCAAGGAAAAAUUCACUCCUGGAGACCCCAGGUUUGUAGGGCGAGAAACUUUUAUUUUUUAAUGGCUUGCUAGUAGUAUAGAACUUGAAAUAAAAAUAUCUAUCACAGGUUAGUCUGCUUGUAAAUCCCUGAUUACAGUCAAGUUGUAGUGUCUGUUAAGAGGUGAAGGAGGUAUAUGUUGUGGUGCACUUGUAAUCUGUAAGGCUAGGCUACUUUGGGCGCACAUUCCUGUACUGUCAGUCUCUCUCUCUUCUCCCCGCUCCCCCCCCUCUUUAUUUGAGACCUAAAACAAAGUUCAAGACUGCUUAACCCCUUUACUGCUGCACUCAGCUCAAAUUGUAAAUAGUUUGGACAUUUGCUUUCCAAGUUAUUUUAAAUGAAUCUAUAAUUAAUCUUCCUUCUACUUAAUGUUUCCUGGAAAAAUGGUCACAAUUUAUUGCAUUUCAGUAACUUUUACAGCAGACAAUAGAUGCACAUUUUCCUGGCUGCUGUAGGGAAGAGUUAAUGACUGCCAUUUUGCUCUAUAACACCCUUAAUGGACAUAUCAGUGAAUGACACCAAAAUGGCAGAGCUUAACCCCUCGUGCUCUGGCAGAGAUCUUGUAGACUGUUCGAUCCUCAGGAGCUAGUGUGUGUUAGUGUCCUUCCUCCUUACAUUGCUCCCGCUGCUGGCUACACGCUGCAAAUUCCUCACUUCCAGCGUGGGUUUUAAUAGCCUUUUUUUUUUUUUUUUUUAACUUCAGUUUUUGCAAGAAUACCCAGUUCAAUGUAGCCUUUCAAUCUAUUUUUUUUUUUUUUUAAAGUUAUGACGUGAAAAGAUUAAUUGCUUAACAUCAAGAAAAUUAAACAAAAAAAUGUAAAUAAAAGUUGAGUCAGUGAAAAUAUCCAAGGUGAUGAUAAAUGCAUGUUAAAGCAUAGCAUGUUAUAUACCUAUAUUAAGUGUGUAGCUUUAUAUUGGUUUUUCUGAUCUGAAAAGCUGUGAAUUAGCAUUUCUGUCUGUACCCUUUCCUCCCCCAGUUCACCUCUGGACUCACCCUUUGCCUUUUGUGUUCCCUGCAAACUGGAAGAGUCCAAGUUGUGGGGGAGGGGUCCACAAAGCACUAAGGUAGCCGGAUAGUCAUUUAUUGUAAUAAAAGGUUUUUAAAUAGUUUGCGUCAUGUGGUUUGUCAUUGUCAUUUUUAAUGCCAUGUAUGUUGUACUGAUUCAAUACUAAUAAGUAUUACAUUUAGACUUAUCAUAAUUAUUUACUUUUUUUCUCUCUUGUGUAUUUGGACUUGACCUCAUUUACGUUUUUGUGCGUGGAGAUAUAGCUGCAGAUGUACAGAGUAUUGAAAGUGUGUAAAGUAACAACUUUUUGUAGCCUAAAUUGGGAUGCAUCUGUAUUGAAAACUAUACGAAAUCUGGUAGAUGGUUGACCCCUUCAGUGGAAUAAUUGUGCACAAUUAUGUGGGAAUGUGUUUAACUACACAGCCAUCAGCUCUGCAACCCCUUUAUCAAACGUUUUGGGCAUUUCCACAAACAUGUAUGAAUUAAAUGGGCACUUUUACAGAGAUAUGACAGAUUUCGUGUAUAAUUAUUGAACCUACGUGUUAACGUUCAUAACCAUUGGAUAUAAAUCCUGAUGCAUCUGCAGAAGUGGGAAUUUCAUGCAGGGGUGCUAUAGUUGUGUGUAUCCAAGACCCCCUGGUGGUCUUAAAAUUCUCAUAACUGGUUGUAGAUUGAACGAAGAACAUACAAAUUAUUUGAUGGUGGGGCAUGGACAGCAUAUAUCCAAUAAAGGGUACUUAAUUAACACCUCAAAAGUAUCAUGGGAGAAUAAUUAUUUUAUUUUUCUUUAUUUUGUAUUUGCGUGUUUACAUGUCAGUCAAAUUACAAGGCUUUUGUUUUCCACAUUUUAUUUUUUUUAAUAGGGUGUGUCCUUUUUAAAAUUGUUUGUCUCUGUAAUUGGUGUCUCAUUCACUCAAACAAGCACCCCACAUUAGUAUUUUUUUUUUAAUUUCUUUAUUUUUUUAUUAUAAGAUAUCCAUUUCUCAUUUGUCUAACAUUUCAGGCACCAGAGGAUUUAUUCACAAAAGCCCAAUAAGUUGUGCUUGCUUAACAACCUAGGUGUUUUGGAUGGACUAUUUAUUUAACCUACACACAAUUUGUACUGGUUGUCCGUAACCCCUUAAAGGACCACUCUAGGCACCCAGACCACUUCAGCUUAAUGAAGUGGUCUGGGUGCCAGGUCCAGCUAGGGUUAACCCAUUUUUUUCAUAAACAUAGCAGUUUCAGAGAAACUGCUAUGUUUAUGAAUGGGUUAAGCCUUCCCCCUAAUCCUCUAGUGGCUGUCUCAUUGACAGCCACUAGAGGUGCUUGCGUGCUUCUCACUGUUAUUUUCACAGUGAGAGCACGCAAGCGUCCAUAGGAAAGCAUUAUGAAUGCUUUCCUAUGUGGCCGGCUGAAUGCGUGCGCAGCUUUUGCCGCGCGUGCGCAUUCAGCCCAGUAGGAGGAACGGAGGAGGAGAGUUCCCCGCCCAGCGCUGGAAAAAGGUAAGUUUAACCCCUUUUCCCCUUUCCAGAGCUGGGUGGGAGGGGGUCCCUGAGGGUGGGGGCACCCUCAGGGCACUAUAGUGCCAGGAAAACAAGUGUUUUCCUGGCACUAUAGUGGUCCUUUAAGGACACUUGACAUGUGUGACAUUUCAUGAUUCCCUUUUAUUCCAGAGGUUUGGUCCUUAAGGGGUUAAUGGGUAACUCGCAAGUUGAUGUAAACCUGUUGGUCUUUUAACUUUUGAUCUUUCUCACACCUGUGAAGGAAGUGGGGUGUUUAGCUUAAGACCUUACUAGAAUGUGUAGUAUUGGGAGGAAUUAACUGAAGAAGUAAACUCUUCAUUUAUGUAGCAAUGCAGUUUAACCCUUCUGUGACCAGGCUUUUCUGAACUUGUAUUGUAGACCAAAGCCUUUUUGACACUUUUGCAGUGUGUUCCACAAUAAUGUAAAAGGACACUGUUAAGGAACGCUGAAAGUACAUGAACAAUAUAAUGGAUAAGGAGUAAUGCAGUUUACACAAUUUUUCACAACUUACCUGGGGCCUGUCAUUUGCCGGUCAAACGCCCAGGAGAGUCUGAAGCUCUUGCAUGCAGCAUCAGUUGGCUCCCAGAGCUAAACAAUGUUUUUUCACUGUCUUUUAAUUGGCUGAGUGUGGCAACUGAUUGCUCUCAGGCAGUGGGUUAUGUCCUGCACUAGUGGGCCAUCUUGGAGCAGAGAGCUUAUAGCUCUCUUGGUGGAUGUGACUGGUGCCCAGUGGGCCUCAGGUAAGUUGUUAAACUAUUUAUGAGGGUGCCAGGGCACCUCUACACCAUAACGACUACAAUGACCUUGAAGUGGAUAUGGUGCUUGUAAUGUUCCUUUAAAGGACCACUCUAGGCACCCAGACCACUUCAACUUAAUGAAGUGGUCUGGGUGCCAGGUCCAGCUAGGAUUAACCCUUUUUUUAAUAAACAUAGCAGUUUCAGAGAAACUGCUAUGUUUAUGUUGGUUAAUCCAGCCUCCAAAUCCUCUAGUGGCUGUCUCAUUGACAGGCGCUAGAGGCGCUUGCGUGAUUCUCACUGUGAAAAUCACAGUGAGAACACGCAAGCAUCCAUAGGAAAGCAUUAUGAAUGCUUUCCUAUGAGACCGGCUGAAUGCGCGCGUAGCUCUUGCCGCGCGUGCGCAUUCAGCCGAAAGGGGGGAGAGGAGGAGAGCUCCCUGCCCGGCGCUGGAGGAAAGGUAAGUUUAACCCUUUUCCUCUCCCCAGAGCCCGGCGGGAGGGGGGCCGUGAGGGUGGGGGCACCCUCAGGGCACUAUAGUGCCAGGAAAACAAGUAUGUUUUCCUGGCACUAUAGUGGUCCUUUAAGCACCAAAACCAUUGCAUCUUAAUGUAGUAAUUUUGGUGCAUAGACCCUGUCCCUACUGUCUAACAAAUUAAAGCAUUGCUAUUUGUGAGGAAUAUUGCUGUGCAUGCACAUUAGGGUCCUGAUCUCACUAGUGAGGUAUGCAGAAAAAGCAGUCUCACCAAGACUUUUUAUUUGUUUUAUUUAUUAUGAUAAUGCUUUAGACAAACCAUGCACAGUAUACAUCUGUUGUUAUUUAGGGGUUAAAUACCUUAUUUGCAUAAAUAUGCAUAUUUACAGUCAUCGUUUUGCAAAUCACCUCAUGUUAAGAUUACAUAGUAGUAAUCCUGUAGUCAUUAAUUCAGUAAGUCAUUAGAUUUUUUCGAGAAUACUUAAAGAACAGAUAAUGGCCUUAACAGACAUCAAUGUCUUUAAUGAAACUUGAACAGCACAAAGGGGAAAAUUUUAAAGUGUUGAUUUAGGAUUGUAAAAGUGAAGUCCUUAACAGUGGGAUGUACGUGCCUUUUACAUAGUGAUGACCCAAAUUUACAACUUUUGUACAACAUUACUGAUAAAUCUCUGUUUGUGACAAUACGGUUUACAUCCUCUUCUUGAAGAUGAAUCCAAACUGGACAGACUUGAUGUUCUUUCACCCUUGUUGAGGGUGCUUAGCAAUGGCUAUUGGUAGCAACGUUUUGGGUCAUGAUUUAUUAUGACCGCAUUUAGCCUUCCCAGUGAAGGCUCCCAGACUUUAACUGCUAGAUAAGCCAUCUGAACAAUGGCUAAUCCUGCUAUCAGCUGGGGUUUGAAAUGUUUGCAUCUAUGGAAUCAGAAUUAAGAAAACGCAUCAGAGCAUAUUCUUGGUAGAUGUGUGUUUUUUUUUUUUUUUUUUUCUUUCAGGAAACUUAUUUUUGGUGAUCCUUUAAACCUGCUCUUCAUCAUGUGUUACCAUACAGUGCAGUAUAUUUGCAUAGUUUGUAAGCCUUGAAAGGGUUAUUUUCUGUCAGGGAUGCCAAUGAGUAAAGUGGGUCAUUUUGUACAAAUGUUUCCAUUACACAAGUGAAUGCAAGAUGUUGUAGUACAUGCUUCAUAAACAAUCUUGUUCAAAAUACUUAAUCUAUGAAACUGUCUAGGAUUUUAUCAUCCUAUGGCUGCUGUGACUGUCACAAAGUGUUUUACCAGCACAUCUUUUGAUGGAGCACUCCUGCUGUCCCUUUAAGAGUGAUGUGCUCGUGGACUCCGUACAGGAAUGCCAAAAGCAGCAGGCUAGCCCUGGGGAGGGAGGUGGGGGGGGAUAGGAUUGUAGUGAUUGCAGGAUCAGGCGGUGUCAGUGUCACUGGAAGGGGUUAACGCCACUCGCAGCUUGUUGUUUGGAACCAGUUCAGGCUGGUUUUCCAGAAAGUGCUUUUGUGUCUCCAACAGCAUCCUGGGAAAAUUUUAAGAGUAAGGUCACGUGGGGACUUAUGAUGUUAGGACGCAAUCCCACCUGGGGCGUAGCGAAGACUCUACCCCCUUCCCAUUACAUUAGAAGUUGUACCAAAAGAUUUAGUGGUUAUAACACCAAUGCAUACAUUUGUGUUGCUGGGGUUGUCAUAUAAUUAAUGGUAUUUAUGCUUUUUAGUAUAUACUGACACAUUCGACAGUCAUAAACACACCCAUCUUGUUUUCAUCUUUAGUGUAAUAAAAUAUUUGAUAUUUUAUUUUUUAAAUUUCUCUCCUCCCCCCCCCCCCUUUAGACACACAACUUAUUGUUUGCCCUCCAAGUAUUUAACAGAGGCUUGAUUACUUGUAUACAUUUUUCUUCUACUUUUUCCUUGCCAUGUAUCCUGUACCACCUCUUUUGAGCUUAAUUUCAGUCACUCCACUGGUGUUUCUUUAUAGUACUUCCUGUUAAACAGUUUUUAAAGGGGGGAGUUAGAGAUGUUUUUUGUUUUCCCCUUACUUCUUUGUCUUUCCGAUUUCUGGCCUUCUUUAUGCUUGAUGGGGCUCAUGUUGCUGAUAUUCUGUCUAGAUUUUCAGACUGCUAUUUUAAGUUUGUGUUCUGACUUAUUUUCCAGUAGGUGACAAUUUUUUUAUUUUUAAUAUUACAAGUAAACUCUAGUGUUGUGUAUGAAAUGUGUUUUUACUGUGUGUACAGUUUAGUUUAGGUAAAUAGCCAUGGAACGAUUUUCAAACAUUUAAAUUAGUGACAAUGUACAUCCACUGUUUGAUAAAAUAUUCUGUCUCGUAGCUUACCACCACAAUGACAGACGAAGCAUGUCGGACACGGAGUCAGAAACGGGCACUGGAGCGAGAGGGGACACAGAAUGAUGUAGACAAUAAAAAGAUCAAACUUGAAAAAGGACUUUUGGAAAUAAAAGAUGGUGAACUCCUUAUGAAAUCAGAAACUGCAGUAGCAAAAGUACCGGGACUACUAAAGGGUGGGGAAGUGAAAGCUACCAUCAAAGUGGAAGUACAGACAGGGGAUGAACCAAUGGAUAUGAGCACCUCGAAAAGGUGAGUGUCAGCUGCCUUGUGUGUUUAUAGCAAUGUCCUGUAAUGGGUAGGAUGAAGGAUUGCCUUCAGUCAGUGUCAUUUGUGACCCACACACUGGGUACAGUGUUCUCUAAAGUGCUCUAAACUAAAGCGGGGCUGUUGACAUUGAAACAGGUGAAACCAGUAGGCACAUUGCAUUGGUGAAUCUGUCCCUUUAGCAUCUGUUAAUUGUCUGAACUAUUUGUGGCCAAAAUCUUCCCCAUCGUGUUUAAUAAUUGCAGGUUGACUCUAACAUUGGUGUCUGAACUCUACUGUGAUUUUGUUGAAGUGACCUCUUUCUCACUCUGGUUUAAUUUUAAUAAUUUUGGAUAAGCUAAUCAAUUUAUGUAAUAUUUUUGAAUAAACCUUUAAAGUUAUUCUUUUCAAUAUGUUACAGUAUUUUUAAUGUUUAAUCAAAAAAAUAAUCAAGGCCUCAGUAAAAAAAAAAUUUUUUUUCAGCAGAAGUGCUCCACAAAGCUGGGGUAAAGAUGCUUACCACUCUAGUCAGAAAUCUAGUUUUAUAUUCUCUCGUGCGUAACACAUCUCCCUUCGUUCUCUCCUUGCAUCUUUUUGGACCUUCCAGCUUCUCUCUGCUAGUCCCGCUCCUUUCUUUUUUUCCAUUCUGUUUUCAUCCUUACUAUUUGACAUGUAUGUUUGUUACAAUUAUUUCACCCAGCUAUUUUGUUUGUUUCCACUCUGUUGUUUUCAUCUUAACUAGGAAACAGGUGAAACUAGUAGGCACAUUGCAUUGAUGACUCUGUCCCUUUUUCCAUGUUUGCACCACUUUUCAGAACAGCACACGUUUGUACAUAACUCCCACUUAAGUACAUUCAAAACUUGUGAUUGGAAGUUUUGCUGGUCUAUUUUGUAUAAACCUGUCUUGUGGUCUUUUUUGGGGUUUGCUUAUAUGCUUGCAGACACUCUUGCACUAGUUGGUCAGUAUUAUGGUUUGAUCUUUGUACUAAUGUGUGAGGCACUAAAACUGCAGUCCACUAAUCUCCAAUUUAUUUAUUUUUAAAUUGAACUCUAUAAAGGUGCCAAUUUCUAUGAGAAAUCUGCACUUUUAUUAUUGGAUAUCAAUGGAAGUGGCAGGUGUGCUACUUAAGCGUGUCUGCCUCCCCUAUGCAUAUCUCCUUCUCAAAUCAGACCAGUGUUGUUACGGAGCGCUGUGCAAUGUGCGCAUGUACACACACAAGCAGACGCACAUGUAUGAGAAGCUCCUAGUUAUUUCCUUGUGAAGAGACUGAAAGUCUCUCCUGGGGAAAAAGGAGUGGGCUUGCAAAAGCUCUAGUUUUUAUGAAGAUAGACCCAAAAUGAGUACAAAAAUGUAUGCAUGUAUUAGUCUGAUGUCUACUAAGCUGAGAUAUUUUUUUUUUAUUUUUUUUUUGGUUAAUCAGUGGGGUUUUUUUUGUGGUUUUUUUUUAUUGUAAGAGUAUAAGCAAUUAUUUUAGGCUUGCAGGCCUUCUGACAUUGUUACAACAUAGAAUAUACAUCAUAGCAUUAUUGCAAACAUAACAGUGGAAAUUGCUUUCAAUGUUGUUAUACCGUAACUAGAAGUGUUCCAUUGUGUCAACUUUACUCAGCGUUGUUUGUCAUAUCGUUGCACUGGGUAGCUGAGACCAUUUCCACCUGGGCUCUUCGUGGUGGAGAUUAAUAUGGGGGUGUGUUAACCUCCCUGGGUGCCUUGGAGGUGCGUCAUUAUAGGGGUUAUACCUCGUUAAGGUUUGUAUGUGAGAGUGUGGAGAGGUGUUUUUUGGUUUGUGUAAACUGGCGGGAUUGUUCAUGCUCAAAUGAGGUGUAAUAUUUUGGUGACGCGUAGUGUGUUGCGAGCGUCUAUGGGGGCAGGGAGUGUGGGUUCUCCUGGGUUCCCCUCGGACGGGGUGAAGGUGUGUCGUAUGUGUGUCCAGGGGUUGGUUUUGUCUUGUCCGGUAUCUUGCUGGCCCAUGGUCGCUUUUUGGCGUUGGAUCUUUUGGGGUCGUAUCUAGUCUCUGUUGUUUUAUGUGGUCUUGGUAAGAGGUGUCAUGCGAGGCUAGUUAGUUCCUCGUCUGUCCGCCAUUCGUUCGAACAUGGCCUGUCGAGUUUGUAGGGGUGGGGCUUUGUUCCAGGUAUUCGUCAGAUUCCUUUUCUCUAAGCUGAGAUAUAUUAAACUUAUUAAAAAAAGAAGAAAAAAAAUCCCCAUGGGUUUUCACUGUGGAGUGGUCCUUUUUUGAGUUUUUGGAGGUUCCUUCAGCAAUUCCUUGUUUUUUAAAAAAUUUUUUCCUUUUGACAGAAGCAUUUCAGCCUAUAUGAUUUCCUUCAUAUGGUGCUAGAUAAAAUGAAUAUCUAGAAAUCACUGCACUAAACCAUACCUUAAGGUUAGAACAAAUUGUGUAUAUUUUUGAAGCCUCCCCUCCCCCCCCCAACAUCCAUUAAAAAUUAAAUGCAAAACCUUUCUAAAAUAUUUCUGUCAUAGUUUAAUGAUGGACACAGUGUUUCUCACUCAUGUUUGGACACUCCUUUGCAGGAUGCUGUCUGUUUACCUGUUUAUGGCAGGUAGAAUGUCCACUGCAGUGACAUGAUUGAGCCUUACAUAAUAGUAAUGGAUAUAUACAAGUACCCUUUUCUGAUUUUGAAACUCAGCUCAUCUAUUUUCCUUCUGAACUAUUCCAUUGAUGCUCUUGUUCACUAUAUAACAUACUUCUUACGUGUUGUUUUAGCCAGUCAAACAUUAUUGGUUAGUCUAGUAUUAAUGGGGGAACGGUCACUUCUCUCGCAUUUUCACCAUUGAAUAAAACAUUGAUAAUUACCUCUAACUUGUGUUAAACUUCAGCAGCUUGUAUUCACACCUUGCAAAAUAAAUAAUUAUAAUUAAAUAUAAGGAUAAGUAAAGAAAAUAUUAAAAAUGCUGGGAAGUGACAGUCCCACUUUAAGUAUGAAAACUUUAAACCUUUUUGGUGUGCUGUAUAAAUUUGCAGAUUCUCCUAGGGAAUCUAAGGGCAGAACAGGUAUAAAAAGCAGCCUUCAUAGCUUACCAGAUUUUGUGUUCAUUCCGCGUGCUUUAUACAGAAUACAUGUUUACCUUGCAUCAGAAUUUGAUGAAUCGAUAAAACUUACCAGUGGGGAAGAAGGAAAAGAACAAACCAAAUCUUGUCUAGAAACAACCUAUUUUUUUUUUAUUGAUACACAAUGGAUUUAUUUACAAAAUACUGAUUUGUAGUGAAUUAAAUCCCAAAUGACAAAUUUCUAGAAAAAAAAAGAGCUUAUUUUGAAACCAAAUCCUCAACUCCUUUCAAUUCAGUACAAUUAUCUGGGCUAUUCACUGGGAAUUUUAAAUUUUUGAGCAAGGGUAACCAAGCUGGAAGAAUGGCUGACAUGAUUUUGAUGUAAAUUUGAAAUUCACUUUGAGUUUUCACUUUAGUGAAUAACCCAGUCUGUUUUUUGAUGAAAUAAGUUAUCUAGUAAUUCUUAAACACACAUUAUCAGGAUUCCAACUAGAUUCUGCUUUGACUUUUGGUCAGCGUUUUAAAUCUUGCAGAAGAAACUUCUAAUGUGAAUUUAAACAAAAUGUUUUUGUUUUGUGACAUAAAAGGCCCAUAUCUGUCAAGUGCUUGAGAAACACUGUGACCUUGUUAAAAAUGCAUCCUCACACAUCUUUGAUACUCAUGUGUUGGCCAAAAGCUCUUUGAAGUACUUUCACCAUGUUAGCAUGUUUACACGGGCACCAUCUUGUAACAGAAUGUUUGUUGUGCCCUUACCAAAAUGAGGUCUCAAUUGAACUGCUGUAAUCAAAUGUGCAUGUUUUUGUUUGUUGUGCCACGGACACCACCAGAAUAUGUUAACAGACUUGGUGCAUGGGUACUGCAUGGGUACUUUAUGGCCAUAGAUGUCACCACAUCCCCUAUAGAUAAGAAGAAAGCUUAGGACUCCCAGACCAUCCUGGCUUUAAACAGCCUUUACUGAAAUAAAUUAUGAUAAACCUUUAGUUUUAUUCACAGUGUAGUGAACUUUAGUUCUAUUGUACUUUAUUGCCAAUGGCUCCAAGCAGUUCAUAGCUGAUGUUGCAUAAUAUCUGUAGGUUUUGGAUUCCACUCCCACUAAAGGGAAUUUAAACUGACCCCCUCAGCACAUUUGCCUUGAGUGAACCCUCCAUCCAGUUUCUCAAUAGUGGCAACCUCACCAUAGAGUAUAGAAGGGAAGUGAAUAAAUGUAUGAAGUUAGAAGUUAUUGCCAUCAGGGUACUCUGAUGUGCGGUUAAAAAGAAGCAUCCAUAUCUGGGCACACCUGGAGUUUUUUUUUUUUUUUUUUUUUUAAAUUAGGCUUUAUUUGAAGUGUCACAGUACGGUAAUGUUUCAGCCCUACAGCAAGCCUUUGUUAAAGCAAGGGUUUGCUGUGGGACUCAAAUGUUGUCUGCAUUUAAAUAGUCUGUCUUCGUAAGAAAUCUCCAGGUGUGCCAAGAUAUCAAUGUUUCUUCUAUUGAAUUGCUGGGAUUUUGACCCUCCUAAUUUGGAGCACCCUGGUGGGAGUAGACCUUUUUGGUGUGUAUUACCCUCUUCAGAUUGUGCAGUUAAAAUGAGUGCCUAGUCAUGUUAAAAUAGACUUUAUUAGAACACGUUAAUAAGCAUGUGUGAUGACUAUACAAAUGAGGCACAGGUUAAGUAGUUUGUCUUGUUUAGUGCAGGUUAACACAAAUAAACUAAACUCUAUAUCAUAAAAUAGCAUCUGUUGAUUGUCUGAACUAUUUGUGGCCAAAAUCUUCCCCAUCAUGUUUAAUAAUUGCAAUUUUUUUGAAUAAACCUUUAAAGUUAUUCUUUUCAAUGUUACAGUAUUUUUAAUGUUUAUUCAAAAAAAAAAAAAAGGCCUCAGUACUUUUUUUUUUCAGCAGAAGUGCUCCACAAAGCUGGGGUAAAGAUGCUUACCACUCUAGUCAGAAAUCUAGUUUUAUAUUUUCUUGUGCGUAACACAUCUCCCUUCGUUCUCUCCUUGCAUCUUUUUGGACCUUCUAGCUUCUCCCUGCUAGUCCCGCUCCUUUCUUUUUUUCCAUUCUGUUUUCAUCCUUACUAUUUGACAUGUAUGUUUGUUACAAUUUUUAUUUUUUUAUUUCACCCCGCUAUUUUGUUUGUUUCCACUCUGUUGUUUUCAUCUUAAUUAGGAAACAGGUGAAACUUUUCAGAACGGCACACAUUUGUAUAUAACUCCCACUUAAGUACACACUCUGUUGUUUUCAUCUUACCUAGGAAUUUCUUAAGUCUGUCCACCAACCCGUGGAUAAUUGUGUAUGGGUGUGUUGUAUGUAUGGCAAGUCUGUGUUUUCUGCCUCCCCACUAAUAAUUGUGGGAACUCAUUUUAGUUUAGGUGCUCAUCCUGCUGUUAACCCAGGUGCAGCACUCUAAUUUACACAGAAGCACUGAGACCACAAAAGAGCCUUCACUGUUAUCUGAACCGGUGAGAGGUGAUGACCAUGUGUUUCCUUGUUAGAGAGGCAUGUGGGGCUUGUCAGGGAGAUCUUAUCGUGCCAGUGGAAAGGUACCUUUCUAUAUGCACCUUAACUCUGCACAUACCCCAAAGGGCACUAUAGCACACUCUGCACUCUGGGGGUAUAUUGCAUAGGUUGGUGGAUAACCCUGACUAUUCUUUCCAUGUUGUGCGAUUAGAAUGUAAUGCUUACAUGGUGGCUUUAAUCCUUUAAAUGACUAACCUUUUCCAACCCAGGCACUUUUUUUUUUUUUUUAAAUGAUCAGGUGUAUAUCUGUGCAACGCCUACAUCAGUGAUUGCGAAUCCAUAUUAAGUCAUCUCUGCAUGCUGUGUAAAAUAUACUAAUAAACACAAACCGCAGUGCUACAUUGCUAAGACUUAAUUGGCAUUUGCAAUGAUCUGUUAUUAGUUUAAAUUUUUGUUAAUAUUGCUUUUAAGGAAAUGCGGAUGUCUAGAAAUUAAUAAACCAAUGUCCUGCCAUAAACUGAAUUGUGUUGCAAUUUCAAACACUGGGCUGUAGUUCAUGAACUGUGUAAAAUAUUUACAUACAAACUCCAUUAAAAAGACAUCCUACAAAAGUAAUACUAAAUAAGGUACUCUUAUUUAAAAAAAGAGAACCUCCUGUGAUUUCUUUUCCCUUUGUGUGAUAUUUAUCAAGUUGGAGUGCCCUGAAAUAUUAGUGCAAAGUACUACAAGUGAAGCAGUCCUUGUGGGAAAACUCUGGAACAUUCCGUUGGCGGUGACUCCCCUUUUACAUCUGAGCAUCACUUUUCAGAGCAUGACACUGAUCAUUCUCAUGCAUGGUCUAUUUACAGGUGAUCUACUCUACUGAGGGAGAAAGCCAUUUAUUCAAUAAAAGUAAAAGAAAUUCUCAAGGCAUAUAAAGACCACUUAGCUAAGUGGAUAUUGCCUCUUUACGACCAAAAUAGUUAAUUUCCUUAUUUUGUUAUGUGGGGGAGAGGUAGAACUUGUAGAACUCUACUCACUAUAUUGCUAUAUUAAAGAGAACCUUCCUUUUGUUGUUUCCUUAAGCAAUGAAUAAAUAUGCCAUUUAAAAUGAUAAAUUAGGAUUUAGAACGUGUGAUAAGACUGCCUCUCUACAGCAGUGCCGGCGCCACAAUCAUUCAGAGUCUGUGUAACACAAUCACACACCAGGCUCUUGCUUACAUCUGUCUUGGCACUUCCCUGUGCAGGGUGCUCCUUUCCACUAGCACCGUAAAGGUUAUGUAUUAAAAUAAAAAAAGACAUUUCCUAUUUGCGCCUGUUCCCUUGUGUGAACCAUUGUAAUCAAUGGUAAAAUUUGGAUUAUUGUUGGGAAUUGCAGAAAGGGUGUGAAAUUCAUUUGUGUAUUAAGGUAAAAUAACACUUUUUUAAUGCAAAAUAAAUGGUGCAUGCGCACAGCUUGUGUGAAUGUGAUCAUUUUUAUACAAAGCCCUUCAUUGCCGACUCAAUUAAAUGGAGUGCCAGAAUGGAGUGACUAUUACAGAAUUAGUAUACUUCUCUAGCAAGGGUGAGACCUCCUGCACGAGGAAGAACAAGCUCAAUCGUUUUUUAAGCAACACUAUAGUGUUAGUGCAGGAAUCUCCAUUUAGGUCCCUGGCCUCUCUUUACCUAUAAAAGCCUUUUCUCCUACGCCAUACUGGUCUUGCCAAUGCUGGCCGUGGCUCCAUUGCCGAGAUAAUUAAUUUUGAUGUUCUCAGCUGAUCCAAUGCUUUCCCAUAAGAAUCAUUGGGAGGCUAGUGCGCAUGCGCAGCAAAAUAAGUGUGCCAAUUAGCAUCUACUUAUAGAGAUGAAUUAAAGCAAUGCAUCUCUAUGGGGAAAUAUUCUGCACCUCCAAACAGAGUGUAUGGAUGCUGACUCCAGUGCUGAACUAAAAAGCACCUCUUGUGGCUGUCUGAGUGACUGCCAUUAGGGGUGUUAUUAGGCAGCAAAGUUAACACUGCAGUUUCUCUGAAAAGGCCAGGUUUACAUUAAAAAUAAAACCUGCAGGGACAGGCUACAGAUACCAGAACAGCUAUGUUAAGCUGCUGUGGUUCUGUUUAUGGUAGUGUCACGUUAUCUAAUUAAUAAAAAUUGCAUGUAGCAUGACUGGUAUGUUCUUAAUAUUUUAAAGAGAACCUCACACUUUUUUUUUUUUUUAUUCUGAUGUAAAUAGAAUGUCCUCCAAAGAUUAACAGAAUAGGUUCAUUUUAUUGUUGCAAUUAUACUUUGUAACCAAUUCUAAAUUCAUUGCCAGCAGAGCGCUUUCCUUGUUGACUGUUCUACACAAAACUGCUACAAAAUGCAUCUAGAAUUUUCUAUGAAUGGAGUUUUGUUUAGGUGUAUUGUUGAUUAUAUACGUUACUUUGCAUUGUCCAGAACACUGCUUUUUAAAUAAAGCUUUUUGUGCAAUGUAAAAUUAUUUCAGUGCAUUGGGUGCCAUCUAGUGGCAGUUUUCUAUAUGGCAUUCUGUAAAAUAGGCAGUUUUAUCAACUCUUCCGAAUUCCUUUGUGUUUUGCUAGAAUAUGCUUGCACAGUCUGAAGCUUUGAGGAAAAACACAUUACUAGCUAAAUAUCUUUAUCAAAUUGUGAUAACCACAGGCACUGAUACAUAGUAAUCUUUUUAAUUAGCAGUAUUGUGGGGCUUUUUCUAUGCUUAAAAUAUUGGUUAUAGCAAGUGGAGUAAAGUAUCGAUGUACCAGGUUUAAAUAUAAUUUUUUUUAAAAGUGUGUGUGUGUGUGUGUGUAUAUAUAUAUAUAUGUAUAUAUAUGUGUGUGUGUGUAUUGUAUACACACAUCUGUGUGUAUGCUAGGUGUUUAUAAUUUUUUUUUUUUUUGUAUUUCAGAUUCCCAUUUUAAGUGUGUGUGUCUGCCUCUGUGUGUCUGUCCUUUUUAAAGAUAAGAUCAGGAAUGUGAAUGUUUGCAAUUGAGUAGAUGUCCCUGGAGUAUAACUGUAUGGUUAACAGAUUAAAUUAGAGAAAUAGUCAUGCAAGAUCUCUAAAACGUAAUUCAAUCUCAGAUUAUACUUUUAACACCAUUAAAUAGUAGCUGGCCCCUAACAGGCCAAUUCGCUGCAAGGCAUGGUCAUCUCCGUAAGGGAUGAGGAGUUGAUUAUUUGCAUAAUUAUGAAUACACUUAUUGGUUGAGAGGGAAAGAAAUAACGUUUAGUAUUGGGGUUUUCGUGGUGUUGGUUACAUCUGUUACAAUAAUUUGAGGAUUUUGUAUAUUUGGGUAACUCUUGGUUACGUAUUAAGGAAAGCAGAUGGAUUUUAAAAUCCCAGAGACCCCAUGGUCUAAAUGGUCAAUGUCUCUGGGGAUGCAGAUCUAGAUCUACAGAAUAUCCCAUGGUGUCAGCACAUUAUAUCAUUUUGAUACAUAUUUUUGCAUAAAUGUCUUUGAGCAGACUGACCACCAUGUGCAAGAUAUGCUGGUCUAUGUAUUUUAUUUUUCCAUUUUCUCAACUGCCUCAACCAUCUCUCAUCUUACACAUAGCAACUUGAGUGAUCAGACAGAGCAGAGGUAAGAAAAAAACAGAAGUCCACCAGAGCAUAUGUAAAGACUUAUGUGGAAGCUCCACCCUUCAUACACUGAUGGUUAUUAAAGGAACGCUAUAGGGUCAGGAACACAAACUUGUAUUCCUGACCCUAUAAUGUUUAACCCACCAUUUAGGUGGCUUGCCCCCUAUAAAAGUUUAAAACUCUGACUCUGGCUCCGCCCCCUUUGACAUAAUCAAAUAGCCUUUUUUUGCACAUUCCAAUGUUUUCCCAUAGGGGGCGGGCCAAAUGCCAUUUUGGACAAUCAGGACCUACUCAUAGAGAUGCAUUGAAUCCCCAUGCAUCUCUGUGAGGAAAAUUUAGUAUCUUCAUGCAGAGCGUGGGGACGCUGAACGUCAGGGCUGCUUUGUUGGCAGCACUGCCCCAGGAAGCACCUCCAGUGGUCAUCUAAGGAGUGGCCACUUGGAGGUGUCCCUAAAAGCAAUGUAAACACUGCCUUUUCUCUGAAAAAGCAGCGUUUGCAUAAAAAAGGCCUGAAGGUAGUUGUUCUGGUGACUAUAGUGUUCCUUUAAAAGCUAGCAAUCUGUUGUGUGUGCCUAUAGUAACAAUAGCUAUGAACCUCUUUCGCUUUUUUCCUCACUUAAAGGGAUAUUCUAAACAUUGUAAACACUUCGUCUAAUUCUACUGAUUAUAGACCUAGGAGUUGGUGGAUGCAGCCUCCCUGAUGUUUGUGAAAAUGUCAAGCAUUUUGACAAAACUCUCCUGGCACUCAAUGUACUCCUUGAAAGGUCAAUAAGCACUCUAACAACUUUGCAUCUGGUACAAAGAUGUCCGUUGCUGACAUUUGUCUUUGGAAAGGCAGCAACUCUGGGAGCCAUAAAGUUUUUUUUGUUUUUUUUUGUGUGUGCGCGCUUAUUUAAAAUCUAUGGAAAGUCAUUUCCUUACCAUACUUAUAAAAAUGUUGUCCAGUAUUGUCAAUCUCUCUGUAUGGACCAUGCUCCUAAAGGCAAAGUCCAUUAUAAUUGUGUUGUUUUUUUUUAAAAAAUCUUUUUACUAUAUAUACACAAUACACACUAAUUUCUACGGAUAGUAGACAGAUUGCAGUACUUAGGAGCAGGUGUGUUUUUGUGUGUAGAGUUGGUGUUUUGUAUAUAAUUUUAUAGUUUUAAUACAGGGAUGUGUUUGUAAUAUGUGGAUGUACAUUUGGGUGUACAGUUGGUGUUUGAGUGUUUUGUCCAUAAUUUUGGAGUUAGCGUUCAGGGGUGUAUUUUUGUCAUGUUUGCAGGAGUGUGUGUUGUGUUGGUGUUUAAUGCUGGGAUGUCCGAACAUGUACUUACAUACUUUCACAUUACCAAACAAACACACUGACACAUACAGUCAUAUACACACAGACACUGAUACAGACAAAAGCUGAUACACACCGGCACAUACACGCUAGUACACAGACACACACACUUUGUACACAGAUACACACUUUGACACACAGUGUGUAUCUGUGUGUUAGUGUUUUUAUCAGUGUGCAUCUGUGUGCCCCUAUGUGUCACACACACAGAUACAUACAUGCACACCGAUACAUCCGCGCGCACACACACACACACUGGCAGAUGCACAUACUGACACAGGUGUACACACACACACACAUAUGUGCAAAUUUGCUCUUCACUUACCUUUUUUCUGCAUGAGGGUUUAAAGUGCUGCUGGUUUAGCCUGGUGUGCUGCUCCCUCUAGCCGGCACUCUCCGAAUGGGAGUAAGUGCUGUCACUUCCUCCCAGGAUCCCAUACAACCGGAGUCUGGACGUGGUAUUAGACGGCCGCGGCGCCUGACUGGACCCCUGUUUAGCGAUACCGAUCGGGUGGCCUUAAAUGCUUCAGCCACCCGACGGGCGAAUUGCAGCCGAAUCCCAAUUUUGUCUUUGGUUCUGUGGAAUGCUAAUUGGGAAACGCUGCCUUAGACUGUAGGGUUGCUUAAUUAUGAGUGUUGAUUGAUAUUCUGCAGCCAUUCAUCUUUUAUCACAUGACUUUCUUGUAGUUUACCGUUUAUUUACCUGUGCACGAACUGAAUUGUCAUGUGAGUUCUGCUUCCCAUUUUAAAGCUAAAUACAUUUUACAGUCUACUAAAAACCUUGUGUGCUUGUGUAAUGUUUUUUGCAAUAUGCAUAUGAUCACUUUUGUUGGAAGUUAAAGGAACACUGUCAAUUAUAUUUUCCUCUAGUCUAGUGUGUAAAUUAACUCUGCUUGUGCAAUCUGUAACUUAAAGGGAAUUGUUCUCCGACAUCUUAUGUCUACCUAUCCCAUAUAUUUAGCAAAUAUAUUUUUGAGCGACCUGAAAAAUACACAAUGUAGAAUCCCAUGCUUCUAUUUUUAAACUUUGACUUCUUGUCAGUCAUCCUUAUAAAUGCUGACCUUCUCUGCUAACUGCAAACCUAGUGGAUUAAGGGAAACUGAAAUGGUUUUUGUACUCCUCACUUGAAUUGUGUACCAUGGUGUGCCUGGACUAGAUUAUUUUUUAUUUCUUUAUUUUUUUUAUUUCACUUUCUAAAUAUUUAAAUACAUUUUAAAAGAAAAUUAAGUGCCACAAAUGACUGUUGCACUUUAAGGGGUUAUUUCACUACUGGCAUACGUGUCACUUAAGAUUUGAAAAUUCACUGCAUGGUUUAGUUUAUGAUGGGCCUGUAGUAGUUAUGGUUCCAGGAGUGCUCUUGGUGUCCUACAAGAGCAGUGAUGGCGAACAUUUUUGAGCCAAUGUCCAAACCGCAAUACAAACCAAUUUAUUUUCCUCAAAGAGCCAACAGGGCAAUUAAACACACUGACACUGCUCUCCCUUCCCCUCCUGUCCCUUAGUUCUCUUCCCUGUCACCUUGUGAACUCCCCUACCCCUCUGUCCCUUUGUUCUCUUUCUCCUCCCCUCCCUUAGAGCUGUCCCCUGCGUCCUUAAAGCUGCACCCUCCCCCCUUUAGUGGUCUUUCUCCUUUCCCUGUCUCCCCCUCCUCACUUUAGUGGUCUCUCUCCUCUACCUCUCUCCCCCUCAAUUUAGUGGUCACUCUCCUCCCCCUUCCUUUAGUGGUCUCUCCCUCUCUCCCCCACUUCCCUUAGUGGUCUCUCUCCCUCUCCCCCUGGUGCUAACCCCCCCCCAUCCUGUUGUGCCUCCUACCUCUCUGUGUAGUGUGGUUGUGCGGUGCGGACCACGGUUCAGGAGCUUGUUUCCUGUACCCGACUGGACUGAAAGGAAGUGCUCUCUGUGAGCACUUAAUUUCAGUCCGGCCGGGUACAGGAAACUGAAGUACCGUGCCGCCCUGCCAAGCUAUUCAGAGUGACUGGCAGGAGGGAGCGCUAUGUGCUACCCUCCUACCGAGUUGCUCAAAUCUGGCGCCCCCCGGGUCAGUGCGCCCUAGGCGACUUCCUAAGUCUUAUAGGUUCGCCGUCUGUGUCCUAGAGUAAGCAGACCUUACCGAGGCCCCCCAGCUGCCUACACCGCUUCUUGCUUCUCAUGCAGGAACAGCAAUGCCCUGCCUCUGAACAGUGAAGGUAACAGGUUUAUGGAAGCGGUUGAGGGAACACUGCACCCUGUCCAUAAACAUUUUGAUAAUUUACUUUGGGGGGAUGCCAGAACACUUCAUGCACCAUAGCCACUACAGCAGUCUGGACACUGGAGUGUUCUUUUUAACACAUAAGCAGGUUAGUGAUUUCACAUGUGAAAACAGAGUAGAAAAUAGAUGGCUAGUAUUUUGGAUAGAUGGAUAAUGGAAUAUGGACAGUAUUUGUAUAAAUUCCAAGGUUUGUGUACUUCUUAACCCCUUAAGGACACCGCUUCAGAAGCUUGUCUUAUGCUUAAUGACACAAGCAAUUUUUGCAUUUUCUUGCUAUUUGCGUCUCUCUCAUUUAUUGCACCGACACAUAUUAUAUACUGUUUUUUUAACCCCUUAAGGACACAUGACGUGUGACAUGUCAUGAUUCCCUUUUUAUUCCAGAGGUUUGGUCCUUAAGGGGUUAAAGGACAGAAAGGGCUUUAAUUUGAUAUAUAUCUCUCACACACUCUCACACACUCUCACACACUCUCACACACUCUCACACACUCUCACACACUCUCACACACUCUCACACACUCUCACACACUCUCACUCACUCUCACUCACUCUCACUCACACUCACUCUCACACUCUCUCACACUCUCUCACACUCUCACACACUCUCACUCUCACACUCUCUCUCUCUCACACUCUCUCUCUCUCACACUCUCUCACACUCUCUCACACUCUCUCACACUCUCUCUCUCUCUCACACUCUCUCUCUCUCUCACACUCUCUCUCUCUCUCACACUCUCUCUCUCUCACACACUCUCUCUCUCUCACACUCUCUCUCUCUCACACUCUCUUUUGUUUUUUUACAGUUUUUGCAAUAAUGUGUGCAUAAUUAGUGCAGGUUAAGGAAAGUAAUUAAAAAUAAAUUAAUUUAGUUGUUCUGAUUUACAGAAUAUAUAAUGUGUCUGGGAUUUUAAGUUUUUUUUGUUUUGUUUUUGUAGUUACAGGUCACAAAGCACAAGGAGUUAAAUAAACUUUUAAUGUGGAGCGAUUUUAGAAUUUGCUAUGUUUGAAAACAAAAUUGCCACACAAGUGUAUAUAUUUAUAUAAAGUAGACAUCACAGGUUAUUUACCCAAGGUUGUUUUAACACUUUCUACGUAGCCAUUUCACCACCAAUCUCUGCUAAAAAUGUUUUGGGGGCACACAUUAGAAUAAGGAACUUCUCAUGUGUAUUUUGUAAAGUUGGUGUGUGCUAUUCCUGCACAAAACUUUAUUUUGUGUUCAGCUACAACUGCUGAGUACGAUACCCCCAUUGUAUGUAUGUCUUUGGCACUAUUUCGUGAAGCUACAGUGCCAUAUAGGAGACCUGUCCUUUUCAAUAUUUACAGUAGAAUUUUGAGAGACUGAUUUAAUUGGCCUAUGCUUCAAUUUGGUGCAUUAUAGCAGUUUGACUGUUCAAAAAAAAAAAACCCACAAAGGCCUUUGUAAAAGUAGACACUCCAGGGUAUCUCAUAUGGUGCAUAUUGUGUCUUAACAUGCCCCCAAAUUUUUCACCAAUAUAGGCCAAAGUAUGUGGUAAAUAAUUUUGGGCAUUUUUUACAUACGGAUUACAUUUUUGCUGGGCAUCUUGUAUAUUUCAUAUGUGCCACUAAGUUCAAACCCCCCCAAAUUAUGCUCAGCCAAGUCUUCUGAGUAAAACAAUAUGCCCAAUGUAUGACCUAGACACUAUUUUGUGAAGUUACACUGCUGUAAAAGAGACGUGACAAAUUAAGGUUUUUAAGUGUGAAUUUUCAUGGAGGGUUUUGAUGCGUCCGUGUCCCACUUUGGAGCACUGGAGCAGGCUACAUAUUACAACUACACCAUAAAGGCAUACCAUUUCUUAAAGAACACAUCCUAGGGUAUUUCAAAAGGCAUAUUUUGAACCUUUAGCGUGGGAUUAUUUUUCCGCUACCUUGUACCAAGUGUAGUGGUAAUAAGCGUUUUUUCUGCCGCCUUGACACACAAAGUGAGUUUGCACAGUAUAUUUUGCAUAUCGUAUGUGUGCUAUGACUGUAUAAUAUUUUGAACCUUGGCGUGGGAUCAUUUUUCCGCUAGCUUGUACAGAGUAUAGUACUAAAGAGGUUUUUUUUGUUUGUUUGUUUUUUUGUCAUCUGAGUACAGCAAUACCCCCAUAUGUACCUUUGCCAGGCAUAUGUGGAUGUUGAAGGGGUACAUUUGAGUCACAGCCGUUCAGUUUUUUUUUUUCUUCUAACUUUGAAGUUUUACGCUGUGCUGUGUCCAUGUUCCGUUUUGGAGUAGUUUAGAAGAUUGGUUAUUGAAACUUCCCCACAAACACAUACUAUUUAUUAAAGAAUACACAGUGGGUAAUUCAAAAGGCGUAUUUUGAACCAUUUUUUCUCUAGUUUGUUCCAGAUGUAGUAAUGAGCGUUUUUAAAUGUAUUUUUUUUUUCUUUUACCUCUACUUUUUAAACCUAGUUUUUAAACUUUUUUUGCUAAUAAGUUAUUUAAAACUUUCCUAAACUUUCUAAAAACUUUUUUUUUUUACCGAUUUAACAUUUUUAUAAGCUUUUUUUGUUUUUUUUACUGUUAACCCCUAACUUGCAGUAAGCAGCACUAACAGUAAAUUCUCCACUUUCCCAUAACUCCCACCCACCCCAGCUAGCAAAAUAUAUAAUUAUAAAAUAUUUAAUUAAAUUGAACCCCUGAGGGUUAAAAAGAAAAAGUUAAUCCUCAGAGGUUAAAAAAAAUUAGAUCACAGUAUAAUACUGUGAUCUGUAUUUUGAUCGACUGACCGGGAAGGGGUUAAUUUUUAUUUGGACUGGGUAAAGGGGGGUGUGUGUGUGUUUUUUUUUUCUUAAACGUUAAAGCUUUUUAAACUUUUUUUUUUUUUAAACGUUCUAAAGCUUGUUUUAAAACUUUUUUAACGUUAACCCCUAGUUGGCCUAACACCAAAUUCCCCACUAACUUUUGCACACCCCAGCUAGCUUAAUAUAAUAUUUUAAUAUAUUUAAAUUAAUUAAUAAAAUUAACCCCUGAGGGUUACAAAAAUAGAAGCUGCCCCUAAGGGGUUAAAAAAACAAAAACACCCCAGAUCAUAGUAAAAUGUAUACCCUGCCAAUUGAUCACUGUAGGCAGAGAUCAAUUGGCAGGGAAGGAGUUAAUUUAUUAAAAUGGGUAAAGGGUGGUGGGAUUUUAAAUUAACUUGAUUUUUAUUUUUUAACGGGAAGCAGGAUCAUCACUGAUCCGUCUCCCUGCACUUCACGCUGAACCCGGUAGUGCAGGGAGGCAGAAGGUAAGUACAUGCAGCACAUGUGCUUGCUCUGACAGCCUGUCAGAGCGAGCACUGCUGCAGGGACAGCACGAUCGGGUGCUCCCGGUCUGCCUCUAAUACAGAGGCAGACUGGAGCGCUGUUAACCCCGCAAUCGCUGCGUUAUGGGGUUAAUUUUAACGCUUGACGGACAAGGUCCGUCACCCGACGUUAAGGGUCUCCCUGCCAUGAUGGACCUCGUCAGAUUGAUAUUUAUUUGUUUUUCUCUAAAUUCCCCUCUACAUUACAGUGACAUGAAGAGAGAAAAGCGGGUCCCUUCUCCAGAUGUGAUUGUGUUGUCGGAUAAUGAACCUUCGAGUCCACGGAUGAAUGGCUUGACCAGGCCAGCAAAAGAGCCCAACUCUGAGGCUUUCUUGGUGAGCUGCUGCUAUUUUCUUUACAAAACAAAAUACUAUAAUAUAUUCUCUUGAGGUUUGCUUAAAGCGGCAUUUUCAUGGCCGAAUUCAGUUUUUACCUCCCGACUCCACUACAUCUGAUUGCCCCCCUAGUCACCUCCAAAUGCCUCUAAGCCCCCCAGUUUACCUUCCUUGUGGAUUUGGGGUUUUCAUGAGCUGUAAGCCAUAAUCAUCGCACUUACGACAAAUCACAGCUUGAACUAUCCUGCUUUGCAUGUAAUGCGUCUAUCUCAUAUAUUAGUUUCCCCUUUUACGUUGCAUUACUGAAAUAAAUGAACUUUUUGCACGAUAUUCUAAUUUUUCGAGUAUCACCUGUAUAUUUUUGGAUAGUUAAUACAAUGUUAAACAAAAAACUACACACCAGUCAAGCCAUAAGAUUUGCCUUUUCCACAGAGUUUUUUUUUCUUCAAUAGCCAACCAGUAGCCAACCUCAUGCCAAUGAUUUGCAUUAACAAUGAAACCGCUGUCCAUUAGUGGUUCACUAGCUUUGUAUCUUUUCCUAAGUUGUGUUUCAAAGCUGUUGUAUACAGCAAACACAAACUCAAAUGAAUCCAUGUUUAAAAUGGAAUGAUGCAAAAAUGUGAUUCUUUGUUGAACUAAUUUUGCAUAUGCCUACCCAGAAUCCUUUGCAGUAGUAGCAUCGCUGCAAAUGUGAUUUCUGUGGGAAAAGCAAGUCUUAUGGCUUGACUUGUGUGCAGAUUUUUGUUUAACAUUGUAUUUACUAUCCACAGACUUCAGGUGGAAGGGGUUUUCAGUCACAAUUUUUCUCCACCAUAACCUUUUUGAUUUUUGCUAUACAUUUUUGCAAAUUCAAAAUUCACUUGUGUAUCACCUACAUGUCCUACUUGUGAUCUGCAGUUGAUGUACAAUAACUUUUGCAUUUUUAGUAUCUGUAGACAACUCCUACUUUCUAGUGUCCCUUUUUCCUUAAAGUCCUUUUUAUGCUUGUAAUAUAAUCUGCAUUUUUUUAAGCAGUGUUAUUGGACAAUUCAGUUUUAUUCUUUAAUCUUUGCUACAGUUAUUGCAAAAGAGCAGUCCGGAGGAGCGGGAGAGAGUGAUCAAGCAGCUGAAAGAAGAAUUACGGUUAGAGGAAGCGAAGCUCGUUCUUCUAAAGAAGCUACGGCAAAGUCAGAUCCAAAAAGAGACAGCUCCUCAGAAGGUAUAGAGUAAACCACACAUGCCAGGCUCUUGUUUAGUUGUCUUGUUUUUGCGCCAUCCCUACCUUCCAAAUCCCACACACACUAAUUUAAUGUUUUUUUUGUUGUUUUUGUUUUAUUUUUAUGUCAAGGUCACUUCACGGAUCUCUGGCACAGUUAUCCCACCACCCUUGGUACGAGGUGGGCAGCAAGCACCAUCAAAACAGUCUACACAGAUAGUUAUGCCAACUCUUGUUAGAGGAGCACAGGUGAGUUUCAUUGUCCUUCGUUAAGAAUAGCUCUUGUGCAUUGUUGGUGACUAGAUGAUGAUCUAUAAUAUUCAUUUUAAAUUAAAUAUCCUCAUUGUAAAGUGUCCAUAACAGUGUCUUCUUGUUAAAGUAAUGUAGCUCUCUAAGCUAGCCUAGGUGCUUUGUAACUACCUGCAUCAUCUAUAUAUUACAUUACACAAACGUAUGGGGAAACUCUUAAGUGAGGCAAUGGGUCGAAACCUGUAAUCGUUACUCGUAUGUCUAAUCUCUAACAAUGUAGUAAAAUUAACUUUGAUUUCUUCAAACUAGUGUUCAUGUGGGUACAUGAUCUUAGAGGCAGACAUGGUUCUCAAGGGAAACCUAUAUGUUAUAUCCUAUCUGUAGUUAUUUGUGAAACCUUACAUGUGAUUUGUAGAUCAUUUUGAUAUCUGCACUUGUAUAUUUUCAAACUGAUUUCUCACUUUUUCCUCACUUUUUAAAGUAGUAUCACAAAACGCUAAAUGUAGGUUUAAGCCUGCAAUAUUUUUUUGUUUAUUUUCUGGAGGAAAAAAAAUAGCAUGCUCCUAGGACAGUGGUUCUUGAUCUUUAGUUUUUUUUUUUGACCGUUUCCUAAAGUAAGCAAAGGACACUAGCUCAGAAACUUAUUAGACACUCUUGUGUGACAGGGGUUUCCAUUGCACUGGAAAAAGCAGUGCUGCUACAAUCAUAAUAUCACAGUUGCCAUGAUCCACAUGGAUAUGUGCCCAUUACAACUAUUUGGGACUCCGUGAAAUAGCAUGGAGAUCCAAUAUUGAGCUCUGACCCAUAGGUCAAGAACCAUUGUCCAAUGACUAAUUGCUUCUUUUACUAUGUGUCUUCUUUAUUCUUAAAUGCAUAUUUCAAUCUUUCUUUUACUCCCCUCUCCCACCAUCAGCCCAUCUCUGUAUCCCCCCACCAGAUUCACAACAUCAGACAGCACCCGAGCACAGGACCACCUCCUCUACUGCUAGCCCCCCGGGCUUCUGUACCGAAUGUUCAAAUGCAGGGGCAAAGAAUAAUCCAACAAGGCUUGAUACGUGUGGCAAAUGUCCCCAACACAAGUCUUUUAGUCAACAUACCACAAGUGAGUUAUUAAAUGAACUGUAUUUUCUAUUUUAUGAUAUAAAGGAGCAUUCAUUUAUGUAGUAUAAAAAAUAAUAGAAAUGUCAGUUUAAUUUCAUGAGAUAUAUUUUACUUCUGGCUUUAUUAAACAGGCCCAUUUUACGAACCGCUGCCAUGUUUGUAGCCUUGUGUGAGCACAGUGCAAAAAUAUUCAUGAAGUCAGAGCUAGAGCUUUUUGUAUAAGGUUAUAAAAUGGUUAUGGAGCGUGAAGGACUUUGUCUUAAUACCUGCAACAUUUUUAAUACCGGUCAUUAGUCACAAAUUGAGAGGUCACUGGUUCAAGCUUUUGAUUAAUAGAUUAUAGAUGAAAUUAUAAUUCCGUAAGGUGGCUCUGUCACCCCCGCACUUCCCCAUCCACCUAAAUGAGUAUUUCAUAAAGAUAAAACCACUAUGAAAUUCUAGAAUUGACUUUGUUUGAAUUUUACUGAAAUUCCAUCGCAGUCAAAAUCUGAGACCAAGUAGCGACUACUUUGUCCUUUACAUUUUUCCUACACUUGACAAAACUUUAAGGUGACCGCUCAGUCUUUUAUCAGUUCCCCAAACUUUAAUCCAUACACAUCAGUGUUUUAUUCUGAUGUUGGCUCCUGGAAGAUAAAGCACCAGGAGCUGAAGAGGAUCCACCGGAUCUUCCUGGUGGCAGUCUUGAGGGACAGCUGCAGGUAAGGAAAAUGUACCUGCCACUGCACCCCGGGCCAAUGCACUACAAGCUACUAAGUCACCAUCAGGGUCUUUGCGAAAUACACAAAAAAACCUUGAAAGACAGAGCAUCUUUAAACUAUUUAACUUGUUCUGCAAUGUUACAUUUGUUUAAACCAUAAAAAUAAAUUCUUUGGGUUUUAAAGAGUGUUGUAGUUGUGAGCCAACAAUAGACCUGUAUAAACCAAAAUAAAUCUCUUUGCUGCACCACAAACUUAAUCGGUUAUGAAUCCAUAUGUUUACUGCACCACAAAAAUAUUCAGUAAUUGAUUAAUUUUUGUGCUAAAUUUGGAUAAUUUCUUUUUUUUUAUAUAUAGUGCAAGGUUUACGAAAAAGUAUGCUAUUACAUAUUCAUCACUAAAUUUCUUUUUCAUAUCGUCUGUAGGCAUCCCCAACGUCUUUGAAAGGUUCAGCUGGAACAACAAGUAGUGCCACCAGCAUCUCAUCAAGCAUCAACUCAAAUGACUCCCCUGCCAGUCGGCAAGCUGCUGCUAAGUUGGCCCUUCGCAAGCAGCUGGAAAAGACUUUGCUGGAGAUACCUCCUCCUAAGCCACCUGCUCCUGAGCUUAACUUCCUGCCAAGUGCAGCGAAUAAUGAGUUCAUUUAUCUAGUGGGGCUGGAAGAAGUGGUGCAAAAUCUCUUGGAGACUCAAGGUAUGAAUGAACUUUGGGUCAAAAGGGACAGUGUAGGGUUGAAAAGGGUAAAACAACCAUAAACUAGAGCAGGGGGUGCCCACAUGGUAAACACACAGAUGUUUUCAAACUACAGCUUUAAUGAUACCUUGCCAUUCUAAAGGCAAGCAAAGCAUAAUAGGAGUUGUAGUUCACAACAUCUGGGGAUCUACGUUUUGGCAACCCCGAACGAAAGGAUUUGUUGGCAAAAUAAGUGCUUAAUUGAUAGGCUUAUUUUGUGGUUUAAACACCGUUAUUUGUGUUACUGGUACGAAUGAUUUGUAUAUUCAUCAGGAAAUAGGAGAUGGCAUUUACAUGCAAUUUGUCCCAUUGCAUAAACUCUUCAAACUAAUAAAUGUCUUUUCAAAAAUGAACUCACAAAAGGUAUGUAUUCUCUGACCUGAGAUUCACCAAACAUGCUCUUCCACAGGUAAAACCAUACCGGCUCCUUCUUCUCAUGAACCUUAUAGCUGUGCUCAAUGCAAGACAGACUUCACCAGCCGAUGGAGGCAGGAGAAGAAUGGGACCAUCAUGUGUGAGGUGUGCAUGACCUCCAACCAGAAAAAGGCACUGAAGGCUGAGCAUACAAACCGUCUGAAGGCUGCAUUUGUCAAGGCUCUCCAGCAGGAGCAGGAGAUUGAGCAGAGGAUAUUGCAACAGAGCUCCUCCCCCGCACAAACAAAGCCAGAACAUCCUGUACAACACCAUUCUUUGAAACAGGUGAAAUUAGGUUAACAUUACUAUGAAAAGGACAAGAAAGAGCCAAAGGGCAGAUAAAUGGAUAUAAAGAAUGCAGGACAGUAUCGUGGGAAUACCUCUUGAUGUAGUCUCUCUCCAAAUGUUCCCUGGUCCCUGAAAGGCAUAGUUUUAGUAGAACACUUGUUUGUUUCUUAUGACUGUUGUGUAGUUUAAUCUGUAAUUUUAGCUAAAACUUUACCUAUUUUACUUUUCUAGAGUCCAACACCAAUAUCUCGAGGACUGUCAGGGACCACACGAGGCGUUCUGCACACGUUUCCUUCUACGACCAAGCUGACUAAUGCAGCCACCCUUGCCAACCGGACUGUUAAACCUGGAGAGCGUUCCAUCAACAAGGGCAACAUGGCAUCAGGAAACUGGAAGAAGAGCCCAAUCAAUGCAGGUAGGUGUAAUCAUACCAUCUCAGAGACCAUUACAAGGGAUAAAAUUUAGAGACUAGUUUUGUUAACAAAACUCAAUCAGGGUUAAUCAGUGCAGUGUGAAUUGUCAGAAAUGUAAGGUUUAGUCUUAUUUAAUUGAUCUGAAAAGCUAGAUGACUUAAAUCGGCGAUCUUGCCAUGAAAUUCUAAAUCUAUUUGCAUGACGAAACUGUAAAUAACGUUUUAAAAGUAAUGCAUAAAUGUCCAUUCUAAAAGUUAUGGUUACCUUAUAAAUUAUUAUUAUUAUUAUUUAUAUAGCGCCAACAAAUUCCGCAGCGCUGUACAAUGGGAUGAUACCUGCACCUCCAAAAAAAAAAAAUUGUGGUAAAGGUAUAAAUUUUUUAUUUUAUAUAUUUUUUUUAAAUUAUUUUUUAGGUGUUUGUUAGCCUUGGUUUAAAUAUAAAACAAAAUACAUUAAUAAGUUUCGCUUGAAUAAAAUAACCUGCAUAACUUCUUAGUUUUCCAAAGUUCGUACAUUCAGAUGACCUACUCGAGAAACGAUAAAUAAAUGUUCAACCCAGAGGUAAACAAUUUUCCCAUGGUGCUUAUCUACGAAAGUGUGGGUUGCAGAUAUUAAGGGUAUUUAAUAUAGUCUUUGCGGUUAGAAGUAUAAAUUAAAGUAUCGUGUGCGUAUAAAGAGCAUUUAACAUCUUGCCAGUUAUGAAGAAUAGAGUCCUAUACUAACAAAUCUGUUUUGGGGUUGUUUUUAUCCUAGGAGGAACUUUAACCUUUGUGAAUCCUGGCCUCACUGUGCAUAAGUCGGCAGCUGUGGACCGCCAACGGGAAUACCUCCUAGACAUGAUUCCAUCUCGCUCCCUUACCCAAUCUUCAACGUGGAAAUAAUGAAUGCCGUAGUGACAGAAAAACCAGACACACAAAUAACAUGCGCAAACCCAGAGAACGUGAGAGAAACUAAAAGAGGACAGUUUUCCCUGCACUGUAUCCCUCCCAUUUCCCACCUUCCACCGUGCAUUGAAGGACGGCCCUAUUCCACUACCCUCCCAUUCCUGCUCCUAUUUAUACCACCAGUUCUUCUGCAGAUGGGAAUCUGGGUAGCACUAUUUCAAAGGUGUGGCAGCAUUCCAGAGAAAUCGUGCACAGGAAUAUCGCAGGAUUUAAUUUUUUUUUCCUCCUUUUCCCAAACUCCUCUUGACCUUUAAAAAAAAAAAAAAAAAAGCGAAAAAAAAUACUUUUUAUGCCUCUGGGUAGACUUGGCUUACAUCUUCAAAUUCUUUACUAUUUCUUAUUUUAAAUGGUGUAUUUUUCACCCUCAAUCUCUCUCUCCUCUCCUCUCCCCGCUUUAAAAUGUUAAGUCCUUUUAAUAGACAAAUAAGUGCUUUACCCCCUUUCCAAUCUCUAAAAGAGGCAAAGUUCUCAAUUCCUGGAGCAUGGUUUUGAGGGUGUAACUGGAUUGAUCUUAAUUUUCUUUUUUUCUUCUUUUUGUUUCCGCAUGGUUAAAUAAAUCAGGUCCACUUCCGAUUUUUGGAGGCACAAAUCCAGUCGGAACAAAGAAUUUGUUGAACACAACAAAUAUAGAUAUAGAUAUAUAUAUAUAUAUAAAUAUAUACAUACAAAGUUUAUGCCCCAUCUUGGCCUUUUCUACGGACUGUGCAGUAACAUUGAAUUCUACACCUUAAGAAGAAUAUCGUAAUGAAGAGGAUAGAACAUUUUGUAUUUCCUCUAAAACCUGUUUAGCUUGAUUAUUAAAAAAUUUUUCUCUUCAUUGGACGCAAUUUGUGAAGACUUAGAGGACAAAAUGGUGAUUGGGAGGUUUAUAUGUUAACCCCCACUCUGUUUCUUUAGGAAGAAAAUGCUGCAUUAUUCCAAAAUGUGGUUUUCAAAAUAUUUUCUACAACCCCCAUUACACCUCUCAGUGCACAUAUAACAAGGGAGCAAAGUUGGGACAGUCUUACAUUUUUCAUCAAAUUCCUUGCAUCAUUGUAUUCUCAUGUUCCAUAUUCCAACAGUGCUUCCUCCCUGCUCUCUGCAAAAUCAUGUUGCUAUUUAAGGCAAAGGGAGAUGGAGGAAAAAUAAAUGAAUAAAAAAAAAAUUAAAGUUAAUAAACAUGAAAUCCUCACUUCCCUUAUAAAAAUGUUAAUUUUAAUCCUUUCUGUUGUGUUGAUAUAAAUGUUUAGAUACUUUUUUGAUAUAUGCAGUUGCUUAGGCUUUUUUGGGGGGGGGUAGGGAGGAGGUAAGGGCAUUUUUUUCUGUCUAAAAAAAAAAGUAUAGAAUUUAAACUUGACUUUUUUGCGUGUGUGUGUGUGUGUGUAUGAUAAGAUAGACAGGGUGAGAGAAUAUUAUAUAUACAUAUAUUUUAUUUUUUCCCCAAUUCGUCAAUGGAUGGCUAUUUUUAGGGGAGGAUUUAGAUGACCACAAUUUGUCAUUCUCCCUACCCUUUAUAUGUGUGCAGAGAUGAGCAUUUGUUUCACAUCAUAUUCUUGGGAGUUUUUUUUUGUUUUUUUUAAAUCCCCUAUUUUUUUUUUUUCUGCAAUAGGGUGCCCAGGUAUUGAAAUCUAUGCAGGCAAUAUCCAAUAUUUUAUGUGAUAUUCAAUUUCUGAGUGCCGUAUUGCAUUUUCUUGGCCCUUCAGAUAUAAAUAUAUAUUAUAUUUUUUAUUUUAUUUUAAAUACAUGGGUGCAUUGCCAGAAACAUUAAACAUUUCCUUUCAUUCCUCCUCUCUCUGUAUUCCUAAAAACAUAUUUAUACCUUAACUUUCCAAACUUCCUUAAAAGGGGAAAAAUUGGUUCUGCUGGUCAAAAGGACAGCUUCCCCUUUCUCAUGGACCGAAUUCUAUAGCCUAUUAUACAUGCACUCUGGUGGCCAUUUUGUUUCUUUGCCAAGUCCCUCAGUCCUUCAACUUGAGGAGUCCAACGGUUUGGGAAAUUAAGAAUUAUUUACACAUUUUUAAAUCCUUCCACAGCUGUCUCCUUCCUAACCUCGUGCAAGAGGACUAAUACUAGAGUGCAUUUUUUGAUUGCACAUCUAGCUGUAUGGGUGCAGUAUUGCAACUCUGUGGGGAAAUAGUGUGUGCCUGCCAGAGUGCGUGGUUAUUUGGGAUUCUCCAUCACUGAUAGAACUAGCAGUUUCUAUUUAAUCACACUGGCCAGAAACGCAUUUCUGAAUAAUAUUAAUAAAUAACUAAGCCAACCUG